AUGCGACCCAGAUCGGGGACCGGAGUCGAGGCUUCCGGCGAGAAGCAGGAGAAACCAGGUAAACCCCAGUCCCUACACCAUUGCUUCACACACACACCCCAGAACCAUAGCUGUCAACUUUUCCCUUUUCUUGCGAAUAUUCGGAAUAAGGGAAUUAAAAAAAGGGAAACAUUGACACCUAUGCCCAGAAUUGAUCUCCUGCUUUCGUUUUGGCUCACGUCCCAUUGGUGCAGGGAUGGGGAGUUCCGAAUGCGGCCCUCAGGACCUCUCUAUGCGGUCCUCAAAGCGCUCUGGGCUUUCUUUUCUUUCUUAUAAUUUUAGUUUUCAAAGUUUCAAAAAGAAAAACAUUUUUUACACACACACACACACACACACACACACACACACACACACUCUUGUAUACUUUAAACCAUAAUCAAUUGUUGUUGUUGUUUAGUCGUUUAGUCGUGUCCGCCUCUUCGUGACCCCCUGGACCAGAGCACGCCAGGCCCUCCUGUCUUCCACUGCCUCCCGCAGUUUGGUCAAACUCAUGCUGGUCUCUUCGAGAACACUGUCCCAUCAUCUCGUCCUCUGUCGUCCCCUUCUCCUUGCGCCCUCCAUCUUUCCCAACAUCAGGGUCUUUUCCAGGGAGUCUUCUCUUCUCAUGAGGUGGCCAAAGUCUUGGAGCCUCAGCUUCAGGAUCUGAAUCAAUAUCAGUACCUUUAUAGGGUUGCCUGAACCUCUGGUUUAGACCACAGCACCACCUGCAGUUUACUGCUCUUUCUUAAUGAGACGAGAGGGCCGAGGCCGUGAGAAUUCCUUUCCAUCCUGACGAGACUUGCCUUUAGAGAAAGAGUGAAAUCUAUCAGGUAAAGGGACCCCUGACCGUUAGGUCCAGUUGCGGACAACUCUGGGGUUGCAGAGCUCAUCUCACUUUACUGGCCGAGGGAGCCGGCGUACAGCUUCCGGGUCAUGUGGCCAGCAGGACUAAGCCGCUUCUGGCGAACCAGAGCAGCGCACGGAAACACCGUUUACCUUCCCGCUUUGACGUGAUUUCGAACUGCUAGGUUGGCAGGAGCAGGGACCGAGCAACGGGAGCUCACCCCUUCGCGGGGAUUCGAACCACCGACCUUCUGAUCGGCAAGUCCUAGGCUCUGUGGUUUAACCCACAGCGCCACCCGCGUCUCCCGUUGUUGUUGAGUUGUCCGGAUAUUUCCCCAGACGGUUUCCACCCGGACGUUGUCUACCAGUGCCGAAUCCCGGCGAUGUACGAACGGCAGUCCUAGCCACUGGCGAGUUCCAGCAGGGUUUUGUUUUGUUUUUAUGCUGGUAGGGCGAAAGGCUGGGAGCCCAUCAGCAGGUGGCGCCAUUGGGGAAUGAGAGGCCAGAGCAAACUCAUUCCAGCUCUGGCCCCUCCCUCCUCCUUCCCUCUGCUGAGUUCUGCAAGGGCUGAGUUCUGCAAGGAGGAACUGACCACCUUCUGGACUAGCAGUAAGUAGGACAGCAGGCAGAGGGGCUAAGUUUGUCGUCCCGUUUGCCCUAGACUAGUGACCAGCAACCGCUGAGGGACAGCCUCACAUGAAAAUCUCAUUACUUUAUUCUAAUGCCCAGGGUUUUAGCAAUAACCGUGGGCACCACUGAACACUUGGGGGAAAGGGGAAUCUUGGUGCUAUCGCCACACAUGCCAUCGUCUCAAAAUUGCUUCGUGACAGUGCGUUACUUUACGUGCGAGGAGGGGCGGAGAGAUGUAAAUGAAAGCCGGAGAGGUCUGGGGCUGCUCUGAUUCAGGGAAUUAAUCCAGGUUAAACCCUAAUUAAGAGGGAGAGGAAUGCGGAGGGGAGGGAGAAAUUGCAAAAAGGAAUGGGAAAAUGAGCCUUUUCUUUGGGUUGCGUCACAUUCCGUAAUGAUAAUUUUAUUAUUUAUACCCCUGCCCACCUGGCUGGGUUGCCCCAGCCGCUCUGGGCAGCUUCCAACAUAUAUAAAAACAUGUUGUUGAGUCGUUUAGUCGUGUGCGCCUCUUCGUGACCCCCUGGACCAGAGCACGCCAGGCCCUCCUGUCUUCCACUGCCUCCCGCAGUUUAGUCAAACUCAUAUUAGCAGCUUUGAGAACACUGUCCCACCACCUCAUCCUCUGUCGUCCCCUUCUCCUUGCGCCUUCCAUCUUUCCCAACAUCAGGGUCUUUUCCAGGGAGUCUUCUCUUCUCAUGAGGUGGCCAAAGUCUUGGAGCCUCAGCUUCAGGAUCUGUCCUUCCAGUGAGCACUCAGGGCUGAUUUCCUUCAGAAUGGAGAGGUUUGAUCUUCUUGCAGUCCAUGGGACUCUCAAGAGUCUCCUCCAGCACCAGAAUUCAAAAGCAUUAAACGUUUAAAAAAACCCAAAACCUUCCCUAUCCAGGGCUGCCUCCAGAUGUCUUCUAAAGGUUGUUGUAGUUACAUAUCCGUUUGGCACAGGAGUCGCUUAACAGCAAACAUUAAAAAAUGACUUCCUUGUACAGGAUUGCCUUCGGACGGCUAGGGGGUCGGAUAAUUCCAACAUUUCUCCGAUGAAAAUAGGGACGUCCUAAGGAAAAUUGAAGGGACGCGGGUGGCGCUGUGGGUUAAGCCACAGAGCCUAGGGCUUGCCGAUCAGAAGGUCGGCGGUUUGAAUCCCCACGACGGGGUGAGCUCCCGUUGCUCGGUCCCUGCUCCUGCCAACCUAGCAGUUUGAAAGCACGUCAAAGUUCAAGUAGAUAAAUAGGUAUAAUAAUAAUAAUAAUUUGUUUAUACUCCGCCCUCCCCAGCCAAGACCGGGCUCAGGGCGGCUAACACCAGGUAUAAAAACAAUUGAUUAAAACACAACUUAAAAACCGGAUUAAAAUACAACGUUAAAAUGCAGCUUCAUUUCAGUAGAAACUCAAAUCAAAAACUUUUUGGGGAUGAAAACCUGCAUUUCUGGGUUGUUUGUGGGGCAUAGGAAUUCGUUCAUAUUUUCCCCAAAAUAUAGUCCAGCCCCCCACACGCUCUGAGGGACAGUGGACCGGCCUACGGCUGGAAAAGUUUGCUGACCCCUGGAAUUACGAUGCAAACUACUAAUAAUUAUAAAUAGCUUUAUUAAUAUGAAGUUAAGUGUUAUAACCUGUACAAUGCAAUUGUAGUUAACACAAGCAGGCAGGGCCCAUGACUUACAUCACAGGAGCCUACACAACACAAAACACUGUUGCUGUAUGUAGGUUUUAUUUUAUUUGUCUUUUAUCUUAUAUUUUGGAAAUGUACAUCCAGUUGUUUUUCCGCCCUUUAAACAUCUCCAGGCAGAGAGCUCACUGUUCUCCUUUAAAUCGGUUCAUGAGGACCAGAACCUUGGAAAAGGAUGCUGACAUCCUGAAUUAAGCUGGAUGUUGAGAGAUGCAGGGCAGACAAAAGAACAGGAUGCUCAGCUGACUCAGCAGCCAGGCUCCUCUGACCAUCUUCUGAGGAAUGAGAUCGGCACCAGAUGCGAACCUGGUUUGCAGGUGGUUGAGGUGUGGUCCAGGUGAGCAGCUCAAUUAAACCCGUGAGCGCAGAAACCAGUUCAUCGUUUCCUUGCCGGGUUUCCAAACAGAUCGGCUGUUGCUCCGUCACGGAGCGAUGGCUUUUCCCCAGAAGCGAGAAGCGAGAUUUAGUUACCCUUAAAGGCAAGAUGGAACAAGAGCCACACUCCCACGGUUUCGCAUGGGCCUGUUUAAAAACGACUCCCUGCCACUUGGGUUUCCCAAUCAAGUAGAUCGGAGAAUCUGAUCAAAAUGUGCAAUGCAGCUGCCACGUAAGUCUUUCUCAAUAUAAUAAUAAUAAUAAUAAUAAUAAUAAUGUAUUUAUACCCUGCCCAUCUGGGCAGCUCCCAACCAAAUAUUAAAAACACAAUAUAGCAUUAAACAGGAACAUGGGUGUCGCUGCGGUCUAAACCACAGAGCCUAGCACUUGCCGAUCAGAAGGUCGGCGGUUCGAAUCCCCGCAACGGGGUGAGCUCACGUUGCUCGGUCCCUGCUCCUGCCAACCUAGGAGUUCUAAAGCACACCAAUGCAAAUAGAUAAAUAGGUACCGCUCCGGAGGGAAGGUAAACGGCGUUUCCAUGCGCUGCUCUGGUUCACCAGAAGCUGCUUAGUCCUGCUGGCCGCUGGCUCCCUCGGCCAGUAAAGCGAGAUGAGUGCCGCAACCCCAGAGUCGGUCACGACUGGACCUAACUGUCAGGGGUCCCUUUACCUUUACCUUUUACAGCAUUAAACAUUAAAAGCUUCUCUAAACAUGGCUGCCUUCAGAUAUCUUCUAAAAGUCUGGUAGUUGUUUUUCUCUUUGACAUCUGGUGGGAGGGUGUUCCACAGGGUGGGCGCCACCACCGAGAAGGCCCUCUGCCUGGUUCCCCAUAACCUCACUUCUCACAGAAGAGAGCCAGAAGGCCCUCAGCACUGGACCUCAGUGUCCGGGCAGAACGAUGGGGGUGGAGACGCUCCUUCAGGUCUACUGGGCUACUGGAGGGUUCUGUGAUUCUAUGAUUCUAUGAUCUGCAAGGCAAAUGUGACAAUCAUUCAUCCUUUUGCUUAAGCAUCUAAUCUCUGGCGGAUGCAACACUGUGGACCAGACAAUUGCUCCAUCUAGAGCACACACAUAGAAACAGCAGCCCAAAAAUCUGGGCGGCUUCCAACAUAAACAAAAACACAAUUAAACAUGAAACAUUUUUUUAAAAGCUUCCCUAUCCAGGGCUGCCUUCCGAUGUCUUCUAAAGGAUGUAGAGUUACUUAUCUCUCCUUAGCUCCUAGGGUCACAUAACUCCACCCCCUCUAACAUUUCUCUGAUGAAAAUAGGGACGUCCUAGGGAAGUCCUAAGGAAAUCAGCCCUGGGUGCUCACUGGAAGGACAGAUCCUGAAGCUGAGGCUCCAAGACUUUGGCCACCUCAGGAGAAGAGAAGACUCCCUGGAAAAGACCCUGAUGUUGGGAAAGAUGGAGGGCCCAAGGAGAAGGGGACGACAGAGGACGAGAUGGUGGGACAGUGUUCUCGAAGCUAUGAACAUGAGUUUGACCAAACUGCGGGAGGCAGUGGAAGACAGGAGUGCCUGGCGUGCUCUGGUCCAGGGGGUCACGAAGAGGCAGACACGACUAAAUGACUGAACAACAACAACAAGGAAAUGCGGGACAUUCUGGGAUCAAAUCUGAAACCGGAUGGCUUCUGUAAAUCUGGGACUGUCCCUGGAAAAUAUUCCUGAAACUGCUUCCCAGAGCCGUCCAGAUCUCCAGGUCCCUGUUGUUGUUGCUUAGUCGUUUAGUGGUGACCGCCUCUUCAUGACCCCCUGGACCAGGGGUUUGUUCGGUUACUUAUUGCUGCAGCUGCAAAGCUGGACAGAAACAGCUUCACCGCAGUGGGCAGCAAGGAGUUAGCUGGGUCAGAAUAAGAGCGCUGAGAAAAAUAGAGUGAAAUAUGAUCGAGGAAGCCUUGUGCAGAGAGAAGAGGCAGAGCCACCACGUCAGAGCAAAAGCACUUUGUUCUGCCUUUUCAGUCCAUGGAGGGUUUUGGCUGGCAUGUAGGGUGGUUUCCAAAGAAAUUGGAGGGUUAAGGCAGAACAGUUCCUUGUUGGGUCAACUGCGCAAUCAACCACCUGCCAACUCUCUGAAGCAAGUGGACUCUGUCUGUUUCUUUGGAUUGAAACUGAGGACAUGAAAUGCAACACCAGUUUUGCACCCGAAAGGGGUUAGCUCAUUUUGGGGUGUGCAUCAAACCCCACUGUAUUUCUGUAAGGUAAAGGUAAAGGGACCCCUGACCAUUAGGUCCAGUCGUGGCCGACUCUGGGGUUGCGGCGCUCAUCUCGCUUUAUUGGCCGAGGGAGUCGGCGUACAGCUUCUGGGUCAUGUGGACAGCAGGACUAAGCCGCUUCCGGCAAACCAGAGCAGCGCACGGAAACGCCGUUUACCUUCCCGCCAGUGCGGUACCUAUUUAUCUACUUGCACUUUGAGGUGCUUUCGAACUGCUAGGUGGGCAGGAGCAGGGACUGAGCAAUGGGAGCUCACCCCGUCAUUGUGGGGAUUUGAAAUGCCCUUUUAAAAAUAUAGGUCUGGGUGUUCUGUACAGCACUGGGCAGCUGGGGUUGGUGAUAAAUUGAGCUUCGUCAUGCAUUGGCACAUAGGCAAAUUCGCUCCCACGGGAGGCAGUGAGAGCCAGCAACGUUAAUGGCUGUAAGAGAAGAUUAGGCAAACAUCCACUGCAACGUUACUCCCUUGAAAAUAGGGAUGUCCUAUUCCAUCCCCUCCAACAUUUCUCCCGUGAAAAUAAAGGUAAAGGUAAAGGUACCCCUGCCCGUUCGGGCCAGUCUUGCCAGACUCUAGUGUUGUGCGCUCAUCUCACUCUAUAGGCCGGGAGCCAGCGCUGUCUGCAGACACAUCCGGGUCACGUGGCCAGCGUGACAAGCUGCAUCUGGCGAGCCAGCGCAGCACACGGAACGCCGUUUACCUUCCCGCUGGUAAGCGGUCCCUAUUUAUCUACUUGCACCCAGGGGUGCUUUCAAACUGCUAGGUUGGCAGGCGCUGGGACCGAACGACGGGAGCGCACCCCGCCGCGGUGAUUCGAACCGCCGACCAUGCGAUCGGCAAGUCCUAGGCGCUGAGGUUUUACCCACAGUGCCACCUGCGUCCCUGAAAAUAGGGAUGUCCUAUUCCAUCCCCUCCAACGUUUCUCCCGUGAAAAGAGGGACGUCCUAUUCCAUCCCCUCCAACGUUUCUCCCGUGAAAAGAGGGACGUCCUAUUCCAUCCCCUCCAACGUUUCUCCCGCGAAAAGAGGGACGUCCUAUUCCAUCCCCUCCAACGUUUCUCCCGUGAAAAUAGAAAUGUCCUAUUCCAUCCCCUUCAAUAUUUCGCCCAUGAAAAUAGGGACGUCCUAUUCCAUCAUAUUCCAUCCCCACCAACAUUUCUCCCGUGAAAAUAGGGAGUUAUGUGACACCUUAGCCAAUCAGAUAAGUAAACACACAACUUUAGAAGACAUCUGAAGGCAACCCUGUAGAGAGGCGUUUUUUAAAAAAAUAUUUAAUGUCUGACUAUAUUUUUAUGUCUGUUGGAAGCCGCCCAAAGUGUCUGGGGCAACCCAAUCCGAUGGGUGGGCUAUAAAUAAUUAGAUUGUUAUUAUUGUUAUGGAACAGGACAUCUCUGUUUUCACUGGUGAAAUGCUGGAGGGUUAUGUUGUGUGUGUGUGUCUGAGAGAAAGAGAGGUGGAAACUAGAGCCGUGCUGAUGAUAGCUUGGCACAGGUAGACUAUCCCGGUUCGCGGAGGCUCCAUUUACGGAUGCGAAGCACAGGGAAACAGCCUCCACGUGUGUGAAAGCCGGUUCGAUUUUGCGUGUGGGUGUUUUGUUUGGGCAGCAUGCCAGCCGGGCGAGGGAGAGGUGAAAGGAGAUACCUUACACCUGGCUGGAAAGGAUUUCUUGUCUGAGGAACAGGUGAGCGAGCCUUGCAGGUAUCGUCAUGGGAAAGGCGCUGGCAGGUGGGGGUUUGGAGAGAGAGAGAGAGAGAGAGAGAGAAGAGACGAGACAGGAAGACUGGGGAGAGUGGCACUCCUUUGUCAGUCAAUGCAGAUUUCAAGGGCCGCCCAGGUAUCUUGGCAGUGCCAGCCUCACCUCUCUGACACAUCUAGCAAAUCGCUCAAGGGCCUGAGAGGCAUCCCUGGCAGAGGGCAUAUCUCACCUGACCCCAGGGAGGCAGGCAGGUAGGUAAGGUGUGCCAACUCCUGGUUGCUAUGGAGCCGCCGGGUUUUGAGCUGCGCCCUUAAUGAGGACCCUGGGGCAGUCGUCGGGAGGGGAGGAAAAAAUAAACGAGGAAAAUGGAGAUAAUUUCUUCCCCACCGCCCUAAGACCUUAAGAAGAGGCUGACUGCUGCUGGAUCGAGAUCUAUCUAAGUCCAGGAUCGUGCCUCUUGGCAGCCGAGGGGAUGCCUCGAAGGGGAGCCCCGCAAGCAGUGAGAAAUUUUCUACCUUUAUUCAGGUUUUUUGAGCUGUUUGGGUACAAUCAGAACAGGGAAACGUGGAAAAUGCAAGGAUACAGAGGUUGAUUUUGAUAGCCGCGAGGCGGGAGGGAAGGAAGUCGCUAGGCUCUGAAGAUAAUGGUGAUGUGAAUGUAUAUAAUUAGAUGGAAAAUAAAUAAAAAUUGUAUCUAAAAAAUAAAGCCCGCAAGCAGAAUCGGACUGCAGCGGUGAUUUCCCCCUUUGUGCCCACGAAUGGUGCAAACCUCUAUUUUUCCUAGGGAAAAAAUUGGGGGGACUCACCACGAAGUUUGUUUGUUUAUUGAGGGCCCCAUCUCAGUGCCACCCAGGCGGUGGAGAAAUCUAAGAUGCGGUUACUGUAUUUUUUGCUCUAUAAGACUCACUUUUUCCCUCCUAAAAAGUAAGGGGAAAUGUGUGUGCGUCUUAUGGAGCAAAUGCAGGCUGCGCAGCUAUCCCAGAAGCCAGAACAGCGAGAGGGAUUGCUGCUUUCGCUGCGCAGCGAUCCCUCUUGCUGUUCUGGCUUCUGAGAUUCAGAAUAUUUUUUUUCUUGUUUUCCUCCUCCAAAAACUAGGUGCGUCUUGCGGUCUGGUGCGUCUUAUAGAGCGAAAAAUACGGUAAUAAACUCUAGGAGACAACGAUCAGCAUUGGACAGGGCCUCAGCUUUACCGUUUACAGAUAUAGGUGGGACAUUAGGUGUAUUAAAAGAAGGAGGAUGAGGAAGAAUUAUUUGGUUUUUAGAAAGUUAAGGGAACUCAAUUCACCCUGAGUUCCUGCUCCAAAAAUAAUAACCCCGGUGCAAUCCAUGUGAGUUUGUCAGGGACUGUGGGAAAUAGAUGACUCAUCAGAGCACGUUGGAGUGAUUCUGCAAUUACAGGAUUCUGCGAUUGCGAAGGAAGGGAGUUGAGGAUUCAAGUAGGCUGAUGUUUACAUGGUCUCCAGGUAAUGCAAGGCGACGUUUAGGACUGGCAAAAGGAACUGGAUAUUAUUGGGCUGGAGACAGUGUCUCUCUGUGUUUUGGGGCCGUUGCAGGAAUCCUAAGAUGUCAAAACGAUAAAAUAAAUGUUCAUAAAUACACGGGGUAUUCUGAAAUGCAACGCCGAAGCCAUUUUUGACUAUCUUAAAUGACCCCGCAGUAGAAGGAAUUAUCUGGGGAGGAAUAGGUUUUGCUUUUGUUUGCAAUAUGUCAGUCUUGGUAAAUAAAUAAACUGCUAUAAGCUGCUUGGGAUGAACUGCAAAACCGGUCCAGAAAGUAUCUUUUAAGCAGAGCAGGCAGACCGCAGAGCAUCUUCUGUCCAUCAAUCGGUGUAAAUUUGUGAGCGGGAUUCAAAAGGAUGAUCCAAAAUGGUCAAGUCAGGGCAAUCAGCAAACAUUUACAGAUCUCUUGGCAGGCAGGAGAGAAGCCAGAUGCUCAAAUUUCCGUUGUAGAUGGCCUUUUUCUGCGACACCAUACUCUCCAACAUUUCUCCAAUGAAAAAUAAACCCUCCCUAUACAGGGCUAUAGGGACGAGGGUGGCGCUGUGGGUAAAACCUCAGUGCCUAGGACUUGCCGAUCGUAUGGUCGGCGGUUCGAAUCCCCGUGGUGGGGUGAGCUCCCGUCUUUCGGUCCCAGCUCCUGCCCACCUAGCAGUUCGAAAGCACCUCUAAGUGCAAGUAGAUAAAUAGGUACCGCUUUAUAGCGGGAAGGUAAACGGCGUUUCCGUGUGCUGCGCUGGUGCUGGCUCGCCAGAGCAGCUUCGUCACGCUGGCCACGUGACCCGGAAGUGUCUGCGGACAGCGCUGGCCCCCGGCCUCUUAAGUGAGAUGAGCGCACAACCCUAGAGUCGGACAUGACUGGCCCGUACGGGCAGGGGUACCUUUACCUAAAUGACCCCGCAGUAGAAGGAAUUACCUGGGGAAGAAUGUCUUCCCACAUAGGUUUUGUUUUCAAUAUGUCAGUCUUGGUAAAUAAAUAAACUGCUAUAAGCUGCUUGGGAUGAACUGCAAAACCGGUCCGGCAAGUAUCUUUUAAGCAGAGCAGGCAGUCCGCAGAGCAUCUUCUGUCCAUCAAUCGGUGUAAAUUUAUGAGCAGGAUUCGAAAGGAUGACCCAGAAUGGUCAAGUCAGGGCAAUCAGCAAACAUUUACAGAUCUCUUGGCAGGCAGAAGAGAAGCCAGACGCUCAAAUUUCCGUUGUAGACGGCCUUUUUCUGCGACACCAUACUCUCCAACGUUUCUCCAAUGAAACUACAGUGGUACCUCGGGUUAAGUACUUAAUUCGUUCCGGAGGUCCGUACUUAACCUGAAACUGUUCUUAACCUAAUGGGGCCUCCCGCUGCUGCCGCCGCCGCACAAUUUCUGUUCUCAUCCUGAAGCAAAGUUCUUAACCUGAAGCACUAUUUCUGGGUUAGCGGAGUCUGUAACCUGAAGCAUAUGUAACCCGAGGUACCACUAUAAACCCUCCCUAUACAGGGCUAAGGGAAGCGGGUGGCGCUAUGGUCUAAACCACUGAGCCUCUUGGGCUUGCUGAUCAGAAGGUUGGCGGUUCGAAUCCCCGCAAUGACGGGGUGAGCUCCUGUUGCUCGGUUCCUGCUCCUGCCAACCUAGCAGUUCGAAAGCACGUCAAAAUGCAAGUAGAUAAAUAGGUACCGCUCCGACGGGAAGGUAAACGGUAAAUGGCAUUUCUGUGUGCUGCUCUGGUUCGUGCAGGAAAGAAAAAAAAUAGUUUUAAUUUUUAUCAUCUACAAUACUGUCUUAUUUAUUUUACAGUUCAGUGCAUUGAUGACUGAUUUCGUUUUGUGGAUCAAUGGUCUCAUUGGACAGCAAAAUUCAUGUCCAGUUGCUGUUUUAGGGGUUGUUUUUCAAAGUCUGGAACGGAUUAAUCCGUUUUGCAUUGCUUUCUAUGGGAAAGCCCGCUUUAGUUUUGGAACGCUUUGGUUUUGGAACGGAAUUUCCAGAACUGAUUAAGUUUGAGAAUCGAGGGACCACUGUAUUUUAUUUUAUUUUUAAAUGCAACAUACAGAGUCUUCUAAAGGAAACAUACACCCCGACAGCCCACCUCCAGCUGAGACACUGAGUCCAUCCAUUUUCCCCUUGUUUUAUGAGGCAUGCCGGGGACAGAUUGAAAUUUGCCUAUUCAAAGGACUGGCUAAACAUCAAAGAGAAAAAUUAUCCUGCAGAAUAAAUGCCUUCUCUGUUUACCAGAAUCUUCCAGGUCCGUGUGUGUGUGUGUGUGUGAAAUUCUCAGUUCAAAGAUCUCCAGAAUUCUUUUGCUGGGAUUCCUCCAUUGCAGGGGUCAGACUGGAUGACCUCUGGAGGGUCCCAUUCAAUUCCGCAAUUCUAGGAUUCUACGAAAUGCUGUUACAGCAGCUUGAAAGCAGCAUAAGGUGGGACCCAGUUUUUAACAUUGUUAAAAACGCCCAUUUUCCCAUAAACCUGUUAGGCUAGUUUAUACGUUCAGCAUCCUUUCUGGAAUAAGUUAACUUAAUGGACCAACUUUUCUCUCUAUUAUUUUUAUUAUUAUCUUUAUUGCAUUUUUUAAAAAUUACAGAGAAAGCAUGAAUUAAGCAUGACAUCCAAAUAUUCAAAAAGAAAAAGAAAAAUAUACGGAAAAAGUAAAAAUAUAAAAAGGAAAGGAAAAGGAAAAAGAAAGAAAAAUGAUAAAUAAUAAAAAACGAAAAAGAACGAGUUGAGCGCACAAAAUUGUUCAAAGGAUACAAAGUGAAAUGCUGAAACGAGCUUUCGGUAUUCGCGAAAGAUAAGCGGAAUAUUGUGUAGAAUGCGUCAACUAUAUGGUUCUUUUCGUCGCUGCUGCUAAGGGGUGGCGAAUCUGACCCAAAUACAUGACUGGUGCAGUCUGUCUAAUCUACCUCUCUGUCCAUCUCUUUAAUUUCUAGGGACCAAAAUGGCCAGCCAAGAUGAUUCCAAAUCCCAACAAGGUAGCUGAGAACUUGAGCUUGCUUCUUUCCUCUUCCCUCCCAAACUGCUUUCCAUUUAUGUCAUGGUUUUUUACAUUGUAAGCCUGAGGAUUCCUUCCUUCCUUCCUUCCUUCCUUCCUUCCUUCCUUCCUUCCUUCCUUCCUUCCUUCCCCUCUCCCUCUUUCUUUCUUUCUUUCUUUCUUUCUUUCUUUCGUUCUCUCUUUCUCUCUUUCUCUCUUUCUCUCUUUUCCCCUUCCUUCCUCCCCCCUCUCUCCCCCUCUCCCUCUUUCUUUCUUUCUCUUUCUUCCUUCCUCUCUCUCUCUCCCUCUCCCUCUCCCUCUUUCUUUCUUUCUUUCACUCUUUUCCCCUUCCUUCCUCCCCCCUCUCUUCCCCUCUCCCUCUUUCUUUCUUUCUCUUUCUUUCUUUCUUUCUUUCUUUCUUUCUUUCUUUCUUUCUUUCUUUCUUUCUUUCUCUCUUUUUUCCUUCCUUCCUUCCUUCCUUCCUUCCUUCCUUCCUUCCUUCCUUCCUUCCUCUCUUUCUCUCUUUCACGAUUUGUAAGCCACUCUGAAAGCCAUCUGUGACUGAAGAGUGGGAUUUUUAAAAAACAAAAAGAAUAAUAAGAACCAGUCUUUAAAUUACGUAUAUUAAGAGUGAGACAGAGACCUAGCAAACGGUCUCUGUGAACCUCAAACUAAGCGCUCCAGAUUAAUUGGAGGGGUGGGGGUUCUGGAGCUCUCGCGAUAUCCCAGGGUUCUAGACUCCUGUCUGCUUUGGUUUAUAGACCUCACUUGCUAUUUCAGGGUACUAGGCUCAUUUGUGCUCUGGACAUCCAUUUCCCCCUUUACGGUUCUAGGUGCCUCUUGGGUUCUAGAUCUCUCUAGCUGUGUUCCCGGCAUCUCUUUUCUAUCAUGGGGUUCUAGACUGCUCUCUGCAAACAGUGCUACCUCUGAGGUCUUCUUCCCUACCUCUCUUUGUCCAGAUUUCACCUGGAUCGUGAAGGCGAACGACCGGGCAUACCACGAGCAGUUUCACACGACCUACGCCUGGUGUCUGAAGAAGAAAAAAUAUGCUGUAAGGAAAUGGAACCUCUGUUUUACUGAUCUUGUAGCUUAUGGCAAGUCCAGUUCCGUCCCCUUCCCCAAAGCCUCGGUGCUUACUGCAAAUUAUAUUUCCUUUUCUUAAGCAGCAGAGUCACUGCAGCUUGGACAAAGCAUGACUCGGUUCUAGAAGGGGCCGACCUAAGCGUUAGGCAACCUGCAGUAACAAAAUCCUUAAUAAUAAUAAUAAUUUAUUUAUAGCCCGCACAUCUGGCUGAGUUUCCCCAGCCACUCUGGGCGGCUCCCAAUCAAGUGUUAAAAACAGUCCAGCGUUAAAUAUUAAAAACUUCCCUAAACAGGGCUGCCUUCAGAUGUCUUUUAAAGAUAGGAUAGCUGCUUAUUUCCUUCACAUCUGAAGGGAGGGUGUUCCACAGGGCGGGCGCCACUACCGAGAAGGCCCUCUGUCUGGUUCCCUGUAACCUCACUUCUCGCAAUGAGGGAACCGCCAGAAGGCCCUCGGAGCUGGACCUCAGUGUCCGGGCAGAACGAUAGGGGUGGAGACGCUCCUUCAGGGAUACUGGACCGAGGCCAUUUAGGGCUUUCAAGGUCAGCCCCAACACUUUGAAUUUUGCUCGGAAACGUACUGGGAGCCAAUGCAGAUCUCUCAGAACCGGUGUUAUGUGGUCCUGGCGGCCACUCCCAGUCACCAGUCUAGCUGCCGCAUUCUGGAUUAAUUGCAGUUUCCGGGUCACCUUCAAAGGUAGCCCCACAUAGAGUGCAUUGCAGUAGUCCAAGCGGGAGAUAACCAGAGCAUGCACCACUCUGGCCAGACAGUCUGCGGGCAGGGAGGGUCUCAUCCUGCGUCCCAGAUGGAGCUGCCCUGGACACAGAAUUGACCUGCUCCUCCAUGGACAGCGCUGAGUCCGGAAUGACUUUCAGACUGCGCUCCUGGUCCUUCAGGGGCUCAGUUACCCCAUUCAGGACCAGGGAAUCCCCCACCCCUGCCCGCCCCCUGUCCUCCCCAAUAUUGAUUUAUUGAUUUAUUAGAUUCAUAUACCCAGUGCUUUUCUUCUGGUGGGAUGCAAGGGCACGCAUGCCCCUAAACAUUUUGCGAAUCUAACGGGAGAAGAAACUAAACAAAAUUAAAUUUUUAGUUUCUUCUCUAGCACAGUGAAUCGCCAGUUCCGUUGCUACGCCCGAUGGCGGCCUUUUGCUAUAUUUAUUUUCCCCCAUUUGAACUAUAAAAUGGUGGUUUUCUUAAGUCAAAAUGAGACUACCCCUAAUUUUAUUUUUUUUUAGAAAAAAGCACUACGUAUUAUCUCCCUUCAUCCAAAGUUCUCAGGGCGGUUGACAGAAUAAAAUACAGGAUAAAAACAAGUAAAUAAGUAAAAACGAAACAGCAAAACAAUAUCUUCCCUCUUCCCAUAGACACAUUUAAAAGGCUGUAGAAUAUUAAUCAGACCAAAGUCCUGGUUGAAGAGGAACGUUUUUCACCUGGCGUCUAAAAAUAUAUAAUGAUGGCGUUGGGCGAACCUCCCUGGUGAGAGAAUCCCACUAACUUCUCAGUAUUAGUUGCCUUCUCUCAUUUUAGAGCUGCAAGGUGCUGAUAUGUACAGUCGCAAUCGAAAUGAUUUUAAAAAACCCCAUUGCAAAUCAGGUUAAUUAUCUAAAUUUACAGACUCAGCUGUUUGCAACGAGUAAGUCGAACAGAAGUCACUGAAACAGUUGGACACAAUGGAACGCUUUGAGCCGUUUCCCUCCAAAUUCAGCAGAAAACGCAACUUGGAUCGUCUCCUUGCAAACAUCCGAAAGUCUGUCUCUUUUAUGACUGGGUACACAAUUUUCUCCUCUUAGGCAAAGACCAUAAGACGACCUGGUUGGUCGCUAGAUUCUGCGUGCAGAUUUGCAGGCGCAGACCACCCCCCAAAAUAAAUUAGUUCGCAAGGAAAACAGUCAAAGUAGGCCCCCAGGGCCAAUUUGUACGGUAGCCCAAAUUUUUAGGUCUUUAUGUGUUUAUGCUCUUAUCCUAGAUUUUAAUCUUUCAGCUGUUGUUGUACACUGCUUUCAAAGUCUAUUUUAUUCCUGUGAAAGCAGUCCCAGUUGUGCUUUUUGAGCUUGUAUUUGACCGUGAUAAGUUAUGAUGAUGAACAGCCGAAAGUCUGCAAAUUUCGAUUUGCCAUGGGGGUGUUGAAUAAUUUCGAUUGCAACCGUCGAUUUUGAAGAGAGAAAAUACAAGACUUGCUGAUCCCAUUCCUGCUUCCUUCUGGUGGAUUUUGGGAGCGCACAGUUUUUCCUCCGUUCCCCCAACUGAUUUGAUAACUGUGUCCAGGGCAGCUGUUUACCAGCUCCAUCUGGUACAUAGGCUGAGACCCUAUCUGCCUGCAGACUGCCUCGCCGGAGUGGUGCAUGCUCUGGUUAUCUCCCGCUUGGACUACUGCAAUGUGCUCUACGUGGGGCUACCUUUGAAGGCGACUCAGAAACUGCAACUAAUCCAGAAUGCAGCAGCCAGACUGGUGACUGGGAGCGGCCGCCGAGACCAUAUAACACUGGUCUUGAAAGACCUACAUUGGCUCCCAGUAUGUUUCCGAGCACAAUUCAAAGUGUCGGUGCUGACCUUGAAAGCCCUAAACGGCCUCGGCCCAGUAUCCCUGAAGGAGAGUCUCCACCCCGGACACCUGGGUCCAUCUCCCAAGGGCCUUCUGGUGGUUCCCUCACUGCGAGAAGCCAAGUUACAGGGAACCAGGCAGAGGGCCUUCUCGGUGGUGGCGCCCGCCCUGUGGAACGCCCUCCCACCAGAUGUCAAAGAGAACAACAACUACCAGACUUUUAGAAGACAUCUGUAGGCAGCUCUCUGUUUAGGGAAGCUUUUAAUGUUUGAUGUAUUACAGUAUUUUAAUAUUUUUUUGGAAGCCGCCCAGAGUGGCUGGGGAAGCCCAGCCAGAUGGGCGGGGUAUAAAUAAUAAAUUAUUAUUAUUAUUAUUAUUAUUAUUAUUAUUAUUAACUCGAAUAAGUCUCAGAACACACACCUUUAUUUUUAUUUGUUUGUCCUCCCACCUUUGUGUUCAGGGCAACGGCAUCAAGACGGCCAAGUAUAACGUCCUCACUUUUCUCCCGCUUAACUUGUACGAACAACUUCAUCGGCUGGUUAAUAUAUACUUCAUCUUCAUCAUCCUCCUGCAGGUAAGGGGCUUCUCAUGUAUUUGGGAAUGGGGGUGUCCCAAAGUGGAAUUCUGGAGCAAGCCAAUGGGUUGUGUGUGUGUCAGUGACCCCUAGCGCCUAUUGCUUCAAGCAUCAAGACUCAGUGAUCUUCAAAGAAACAGAUCUAAAAUACAGCGGUACCUUGGUUUUCGAACAUCUCCGUUGACGAACAUUUCGGUUUAUGAAUGCCGUAAACCCGGAAGUACAGUGGUACCUUGCUUCUCAAACUUAAUCCGUUCUCGGAGCCUGUUCCAAAACCAAAGCGUUCCAAAACCGAGGCGCGCUUUCCCAUAGGAAGUAACGCAAAAUGGAUUAAUCCGUUCCAGACUUUUAAAAACAGCCAUUUAACGUUAACUUUACUAUCUAACAAGACCACUGAUCCAUAGAAUGAAAGCAAUAGUCAAUGUGCUGUAAAGGUAAAGAUAAAGGGACCCUUAACCGUUAGGUCCAGUCGUGGCCGACUCUGGGGUUGCGGCGCUCAUCUCGCUUUAUUGGCUGAGGGAGCCGGCGCACAGCUUCCGGAUCAUGAGGCCAGCAGGACUGAGCCGCUUCUGGCGAACCAGAGCAGCGCACGGAAAUGCCGUUUACCUUCCCACCGGAGCGGUACCUAUUUAUCUACUUGCACUUUGACGUGCUUUCGAACUGCUAAGUUGGCAGGAGCAGGGAGCUCACCCCGUCGCGGGGAUUUGAACCGCCGACCUUCUGAUCGGCAAGUCCUAGGUUCUGUGGUUUAAAUAAGACAGUAUUGUAGAUGAUAAAAAUUAAAACUAAUUCCCCCCCCCUUACCUGGACCGAUGACGGUCAUUGUUUGGAUGGGGGGCUUUUAUCCGUUUCUGCAGUCACUCAGUCAAUCAAUCAAUCAGUAGCUGAACUGGGUUCCACACCAUUGUGAGAAAUUUCCAAAUAUUCAUUGUUCCUGGCCUGUCUUCUGUUUCAGACUGUCCCCCAGAUCUCCACGCUUCCUUGGUUUGCUCUCCUCUUCCCCCUCACGCUCCUGCUUUCCAUCAGAGGCGUCCGAGACCUGAUUGAUGACAUUGUAAGUAUGGGUUGGCACAUUGGGGACCCCUCAUAGAUCUCUCGCCUACAAAUUUAAUCUUUUCAGGGCUCCCUUUUCAGACAAUAUAAGAACAAGGCUUUUAGUGCUUUUAGUUGGAGGCUGGAUGGCGGCUAAUGGAUUGAGCUUGAAUCCUGACAAGACAGGAGUACUGUUUUGGGGGGACAGGGGACGGGUGGGUGUGGGGACUCCCUGGUCCUGAAUGGGGUGAUUGUGCCCCUGAAGGACCAGGUGCGCAGCCUGGGGGUCAUUUUGGACUCACAGCUGUCCAUGGAGGCACAGGUCAGUUCUGUGUCCAGGGUAGGUCCAUCUGGUGCGCAGGAUGAGACCCUCCCUGCCCGCGGACUGUCUGGCCAGAGUGGUGCAUGCUCUGGUUAUCCCUCGCUUGGACUACUGCCAUGCGCUUUCCGUGGGGCUGCCUUUGAAGGUGACCUGGAAACUAGAACUAAUUCAGAAUGCGGCAGCCAGACUGGGGACUGGGAGACCACAUAACACCAGUCCUGAAAGGACCUACAUUGGCUCCCAGGACGUUUCUGAGCACAAUUCAAAGUGUUGGUGCUGACCUUGAAAGCCCUAAAUGGCCUCGGUCCAGUAUACCUGCAGGAACGUCUCCACCCCCAUCGUCCAGCCCAGACACCGGGGUCCAUCUCCUGAGGGCCUUCUGGCGGUUCCCUCCCUGCGAAAAGCGACUUUACAGCAAACCUGGCAGAGGGCCUUCUCGGUGGUGGUACCCUCCCAUCAGAUGUCAAGGAAAUAAACAACUACCAGACUUAUAGAAGACAUCUGAAGGCAGCCCUGUUUAGGGAAUCUUUUAAUGAUUAAUAGACUAUUGUAUUUUAAUAUUUUGUUGGAAUCCACCCAGAGUGGCUGGGGAAACCCCACCAGAUAGGAGGGGUAUAAGUUGUGGUUGUUGUUGUUAGUCUGCACGUCCUGGGAAUUUAUGUAGGACAGGCAGGAUAAACCUGGCCUGUAUGUCUAUAUAGUAAGGUAAAGGGACCCCUGACCAUUAGGUCCAGUCGUGGCCGACUCUGGGGUUGCGGCGCUCAUCUCGCUUUACUGGCCGAGGGAGCCGGCGUACAGCUUCUGGGUCAUGUGGCCAGCAGGACUAAGCCGCUUCUGGCGAACCAGAGCAGCGCACAGAAACGCCGUUUACCUUCCCGCCGGAGCGGUACCUAUUGAUCUACUUGCACUUUGACGUGCUUCCGAACUGCUAGGUUGGCAGGAGCAGGGACCGAGCAACGGGAGCUCAGCCCGCUGCGGGGAUUCGAACCGCUGACCUUCUGAUCGGCAAGUCCUAGGCUCUGUGGUUUAACCCACAGCGCCACCCGCGUCCCUUGUCUAUAUAGUACUGGCAAUGGAAAUAACCGUUUUCUCUCCUCCUUUCACUCCGCAGGGCCGGCAUCGUAGCGACUGGGAGAUCAACAGCCGCCCCUGCGAGAUUUUGACGGGGAAAAGGUGAGAAGAGCUAGAAGAGAAGGGUAGGGGUCUUCCGUGUUGCCAGGUGCCCGUUAGGGGAAGCCCCCCAGCGGCUGGCAUUCAGGGGGCAUUGACUGUCUUGAGAGUGGACCACCCCCUGCCCUUCACCCUCGCUCUCCUUUACAGCUGCUCAGCUCCACGGAGGUCCUCUGCGGCAAGUGUGGGGCUGAACAGUUGAGCCCCACGGUGGGGGGGGGGAGGGUGUCAAGCCACAGCAUGAGCCUCUUUCCUUUCGUGUGCACGGCUGGCUCCUGAAGGCAGCUGAUUCUCACUCCUUGUUCCCUCCAACCCAGUUUCAUCCAGAAGAAAUGGCGGGAUAUCUGCGUGGGUGAUAUCGUCUGCCUCCGUAAGGACAGCAUUGUGCCUGUAAGUUCCUUCCUCCCCUUCCUUCCUUCCUUCCUUCCUUCCUUCCUUCCUUCCUUCCCUCCUUCCCUCCCUUUCUCCUUCAUUCCUUUGUUCCUUUGUUCGUACAUUCGUUUGUUUCUUCCCUCCUUCCCUCCCUUUCUCCUUCGUUCCUUCAUUUGUUCAUUCAUUCGUUGGUUUCUUCCCUCCUUCCUUCCUUCUCUCUCCCCUUCCUUCCUUCCUUCCUUCCUUCCUUCCUCCCUCCCUCCCUUCUUUCCUCCCUUCCUCCCUCCCUCCCUCCCUCCCUCCCUCCCUCCCUCCUUCCUUCCUUCCUUCCUUCCUUCCUUCCUUCCUUCCUUCCUUCCCUCCUUCCCUCCCUUUCUCCUUCCUUCCUUCCUUCCUUCCUUCCUUCCUUCCUUCCUUUCUUCCUUCCCUCCCUCCCUCCCUUUCUUGGUGGAUGGCUGAAAGGAUGCCUGAAUUUACUCUGGGAAAGAGGUCCAUGGCUGCUUUGGCCCAAUUGGCCAGUCCGUGGGCGAUAGUUCCCAACCCCCUGCGCUAUUUACAACUGCUCAGCCCACCAGGGAGCCUGUCUUAGGUGUUCUGCUCUCGAUUUCUGCAGGCGGACCUCCUCUUGCUCUCCAGCACUGAGCCAAACAGCCUCUGCUACGUGGAGACGAUGGACAUUGACGGGUAAGGCUGCUUCUUACGUUGUUUUCUUCUUUUUAAGCCAUCGCUGCCAUUCUGGGCUGGGGUUGGGCGCUCCUCUGUGCACCUCCCUCUACCUGAGAGAAUUUCCCCUAUAAACAAAUCCCUGUAAAUGAAUAGGCUCAUCGUUCACAGACGGCCUGCAGUUCCCCCCCACUGAUAAAUUCCCUCUCCAUCCUUCUUUUGCAGAGAGACCAACCUGAAGUACCGGCAAGCUCUCUUGGUGACGCAUGAGCAGUUGACCAACGAUGGGAGCAUGGCUGCUUUUGACGGUGAGUGUCAAUCGCCAGAACCUCCAAAUAGAAGGGGAAGAAAUGGAGGCAGUGAGAGAUUUUACUUUCUUGGGCUCCAUGAUCACUGCAGAUGGUGACAGCAGCCACGAAAUUAAAAGACGCCUGCUUCUUGGGAGAAAAGCAAUGACAAACCUAGACAGCAUCUUAAAAAGCAGAGACAUCUCCUUGCCAACAAAGGUCCGUAUAGUUCAAGCUCUGGUUUUCCCAGUAGUGAUGUAUGGAAGUGAGAGCUGGACCAUCAAGAAGGCUGAUCGCCGAAGAAUGGAUGCUUUUGAAUUCUGGUGCUGGAGGAGACUCUUGAGAGUCCCAUGGACUGCAAGAAGAUCAAACCUCUCCAUUCGGAAGGAAAUCAGCCCUGAGUGCUCACUGGAAGGACAGAUCCUGAAGCUGAGGCUGCAAGACUUUGGCCACCUCAGGAGAAGAGAAGACUCCCUGGAAAAGACCCUGAUGUUGGGAAAGAUGGAGGGCACAAGGAGAAGGGGACGACGGAGGACGAGAUGGUGGGACAGUGUUCUCGAAGCUACCAGCAUGAGUUUGACCAAACUGCGGGAGGCAGUGGAAGACAGGAGUGCCUGGCGUGCUCUGGUCCAGGGGGUCACGAAGAGGCGGACACCACUAAACGACUGAACAACAACAACUUUUCGUUCUCAAAAGUUUUCCACUGGUGUUUAGCGCUUUAUAUCGUUGAUUCCUUGAAAUGUGUGUGCGUGUGUUUUCUGCUUUGUGGUUUUCUUAAACUUGAUAUUUAGUCCAGCUAAGUCAAAUCAUUAUCAUCAUCAUCAUCUUUGGCAAUCACUCAUAGCCGAGUAAUAAUAAUAAUAAUAAUAAUAAUAAUAAUAAUAAUUUAUUUAUACCCCGCCCAUCUGGCUGGGCUUCCCCAGCUACAGUAAUACAUCAAACAUUAAAAGCUUCCCUAAACAGGGCUGCCUUCAGGUGUCUUCUAAAAGUCUGGUAGUUCUUUAUCUCCUUGACAUCUGGUGGGAGGGCGUUCCACAGGGCGGGCGCCACCACCGAGAAGGCCCUCUGCCUGGUUCCCUGUAACUUGGCUUCUCGUAGUGAGGGAACUGCCAGAAGGCCCUCUGAACUGGACCUCAGUGUCCGGGUAAUAAUAAUAAUAAUAAUAAUAUAUUCAAUUUAUACACCAGCCUCUACCUGGAGGUCUCAGGGCUGUUCACAAACAAAAUCAUAAUAUAUAAAAUCAAAGCAAAAACAAUAACCCAAUUGGAAACCCCCCGCAAAAGAGCCACAUUCUAAAAGGGUUUUGAAUGUCAAUAAGUUCAAGCAAAGGCCUGGUUAAAAAGGAACAUUUAUGCCAGGCGCCUAAAGGUGUAUAAUGAAGGCAACAGGCAAACUUCCCAGGGGAGAGCAUUCCACAGACGGGGAGCCACUGCAGAGAAGGCCCCGCUCUCGUGUUGCCACCCUCUGCACCUCUCGAGUAGACGGCACACGAAGGAGGGCCUUGGAAGAUGAUCUGUUGGGAGCCACCCGGAGUGGCUGGGGAAAUCCAGCCAGAUGAGCAGGGUAUAAAUUAUUAUUAUUAUUAUUAUUAUUAUUAUUAUUAUUACUAAUGAUUGCAUGUCGCAGAAGGAAAGAAGGAGUCUCUGGACAGCAGAAAGACAAAACUUGAUUUUUUGCCUCUCCUUUUUCUAAACUCCACAGGGGUAAUCACUUGCGAGGAGCCGAACAGCCGGAUGCACAGUUUUGUGGGGACGUUGGAUUGGCACGGAGAGAAAUAUUCCCUUGACAGCGAGAAACUCCUGUUGCGGGGCUGCAAGGUGCGCAACACAGAGGCCUGCUACGGCCUCGUCAUCUACGCAGGUGAGCUGAGCCCUGGCUUUGCAGCAUGGCUUUAUCUACCUACUUCAUUGGUUUCGAUUUGUUCAGCGCUUUUCUCACAGAGGGUCCCCAAAACGCCCACCUUAAAAACCCAUCUUCCCUUGGAAGGUUCAGGGCAGCCAAGAGAAAUCCCUUCAUGCAAGUUAACCUGUGGAACUCACUUCCACAGGGAGCAGCGAUGCUCCCUGACUUAAAAAGAGGGUUACGCAACGUACAGAUUUUUUUUAAAAAAUUAUUGCAAGGGAUUCCUGCAAAUCUAAGGCAUUCAUGCUGGUAUAUUCCUUUUUAUGCACGCUUUUACUUAACAACACGCUUUUCAUAAAUGUCGGUGGUUUGGAGAGGUGCAUCGCAAAAUUCGGAUCAGUGCAAAUUUCGGGGGGAGGGGCAGAUCUCACGCUGUUUCAGAAAGGGUGAAUUUGCUAGAUUUGCCCCCAUCCAGAUUCUCCCCCUCGUCCCUAUGCAGAGUAGACCCAUUGGAAUGAAUGGACACGGCUAACUUAGGUCCGUUUAUUUAAAAGGGUUCGCUGUGAGUCGAGCGUAGUUGGCUACAAUCUAUGUACAGCCCUGAUAUUUUGUGAAAGUACAGAAAUACUUUAUAUAUAUCUUAAAAAGCAGAGACAUCACCUUGCCAACAAAGGUCCGUAUAGUUAAAGCCAAGGUUUUCCCAGUAGUGAUGUAUGGAAGUGAGAGCUGGACCAUAUAGAAAGCUGAUCGCCGAAGAACGGAUGCUUUUGAAUUCUGGUGCUGGAGGAAACUCUUGAGAGUCCCAUGGACUGCAAGAAGAUCAGACCUCUCCAUCAUUAAGGAAAUCAGCCCUGAGUGCUCACUGGAAGGACAGGUCCUGCAGCUGAGGCUCCAAUACUUUGGCCACCUCAUGAGAAGAGAAGACUCCCUGGAAAAGACCCUGAUGUUGGGAAAGAUGGAGGGCGCAAGGAGAAGGGGAUGACGGAGGAAGAGAUGGUGGGACAGUGUUCUCGAAGCUACAAACAUGAGUCUGACCAAACUGCGGGAGGCGGUGGAAGACAGGAGGGCCUGGCGUGCUCUGGUCCAGGGGGUCACAAAGAGGCGGACACCACUAAACGACUAAACAACAACAACAUAUAUAAAGUUAGGCCCCUGGCGAUGCUACAAUGUUGGUGUGCCUAUCCUGAGCUGAGCUUUGCAACAGACGUUGCCGAAACGUCUUUUCCUGUGCCGAAAUUCCGCAACAUAAAGGCGCUAUUCUUCCUCCUUUUCCCCUCUCAACCCUGUGCCCUGGGCUGACUUCUGAAAGCAGGAAGCAUUAAGAAACUCGCCGUACCAGUUUUCCCCAGGCCUUUAGUGACGCCUAAUCUCACGACAGAUCUCUGGCCACACCGGGUAACAGCAGCAGCAGUGCGGAGGCAGUUUAGGAAAGAUUACGAGUUGGUUUGACACGGUUUCUUGACACACACACAAGAGAGAAGCAGCUGCGUUGGUCCGGGGUAGCCAAAGUCCCGCCCUGCAAAUUAUUAUUAAUUAUUAUAAUUAUCAUUGUGGGACUACAACUCCCAUCGUCCAUUUCCACUCUCCCACUGAGCGUGCUAAAAGGUAAAGGGACCCCUGACCAUUAGGUUCAGUCGUGGCCGACUCUGGGGUUGUGGCGCUCAUCUCGCUUUAUUGGCCGAGGGAGCCGGCGUGCAGCUUCCGGGUCAUGUGGCCAGCAGGACUAAGCCGCUUCUGGCGAACCAGAGCAGCGCACGGAAACGCCGUUUACCUUCCCGCCAGAGUGGUACCUAUUUAUCUACUUGCACUUGGAUGUGCUUCCGAACUGCUAGGUGGGCAGGAGCAGGGACCGAGCAACGGGAGCGCACCCCGUCAUUGCGGGGAUUUGAACUGCCAACCUUCUGAUCGGCAAGUCCUAGGCUCUGUGGUUUAACCCACAGCACCACCCGGGUCCCACUGAGCAUACUAGAGCCCUCGAAAAGUCACAAGCGCUCCCUGCUUUCUUGGAGUUGAAGUUGCACAGUGCAAAGAUGGAGUUUGCAAAAACACCCUCCACAGACUUGGCUGAGUGUCAGGCCUAAUGAGCGGAGCAGCUCUUUCCUCCAUGAACAUCAGUUAUAGAGAUCGAUAGUCCCUGCCUCCUCCCCAGGGCUUUUUCCAAGCAAUCGGAGACUGCGCCUGAAUGCAGCCAACGUCUCCUCCGCCCUUUUCAUGCCUCUCCUGGUUCUAGGUUGUCGCAGAAAGAGGGGAGACAUCUGUGCCUCUUCCCCAGCCAAACACAUCUCCACCUCUUGGCCUCCCUCCUCUCCAGGCUUCUGUGUCCUCUCUUUGUUUUUAAAGUUUUCAUUUUUACUUUUCAAGUUUAUAUAUUUCAUUAGUUUUGCAGCCAAUUUUCACAGAAGAAACGUUGGAGGGGGUGGAAUAGGACGUCCCUAUUUCAGGGGAGAAACGUUGGAGGGGAUGGAAUAGGACGUCCCUAUUUUUAUGGGAGAAAUGUUGGAGGGGAUGGAAUAGGACGUCCCUCUUUUCAUGGGAGAAACGUUGGAGGGGAUGGAAUAGGACGUCCCUAUUUUCAUCAGAGAAUUGUAUUCAAACGUCUCUCCUCCGCAGGCUUUGAUUCCAAAAUCAUGAAAAACUGUGGGAAAAUCAAGUUGAAGAAGACCAAACUCAGCCAUCUAAUGGAUCGCUUGGUGCUACUGGUAAAAAUAUUUGGCUGUCCCUCCCUGAUAUUUGUGUGUAGCUCCUCACCCAUGGGAGUGGAAGUUUUCUUUUCUUUUCUUUUCUUUUCUUUUCUUUUCUUCUCUUCUCUUCUCUUCUCUUCUCUUCUCUUCUCUUCUCUUCUCUUCUCUUCUCUUCUUUCUUUUUCUUUUUACAAAGUAAUAAUCAGAAAUAAAGAAGAAUAAAAAUGUGCAUUCCACCACCGAGACCAUUCCGUCGUAACUAUCCAACCUCCCAAAAUUUCAACACCUCUUGUGGCGGUUUGACCCCUUUUCCAUUUUAACAGUACAAAUUCUGCAAACACGCUCCAUAUCUCCUUAAAAAAAAAUUCUCCUGUGUAUUCCUCCUCUUACCUUAAUAGCACAUGUUAAUUUAUCAUGAAGCACUCUAUUCCACACCUCUUUGUACCAUUCUUCCAUUUCAUAUUCUGCUUGCCCCUUCCAUUUCCUAGCUAUAAUAAUUUGUGCAGCUGUCUAUAAAUAUGUGAGCAAGUCCGUCCUAGCCUGCGAACCUUCCAUCCCAUCGUAAAUUGAUAAUAAUGCUACCUCUGGGCUUUUGGUCAGCUUUGACCCAGUGAUUUCUGUUCUCUCCUUAAACACCCCUUUGCCAACAAAAAUUGGCACCCCCACCACAUGUGAACAUAAUUCCCUGUUUUGUGGCAUCCCCUCCAACAUAACGCCGGACAUUCCUUGUUUAUUUGAUUUAAUCUGACUGGUGUUAUGUACCACCUCCAAACUAAUUUAUACAGUGGUGCCUCGCAAGACGAAAAGAAUCCGUUCCACGAGUCUCUUCGUCUUGCGGUUUUUUCGUCUUGCGAAGCAAGCCCAUUAACGGAUUAGCGGAUUAGCGCUAUUAGCGGCUUAGCGGGCUUAGCGGAUCAGCUGAUAAGCGGCUUAGCGGCUUAGCGGAUCAGCUGAUAAGCGGCUUAGCAGCUUGGGAAAAAGGGGGGGGAGGAAAAAAAACCCGCAGGAACUCUCAAGACAUUUUCGUCUUGCGAAGCAAGCCCAUAGGAAAUUCAUUUUGCGAAGCACCUCCAUAACGGAAAACCCUUUCGUCUAGCGGGUUUUCCGUCUUGCGAGGCAUUCGUCUUGCGGGGCACCACUGUAACAAUUUCCUUUUAUUCUUGUAGACAGCAUUUUCAACCUAUGUUUCUCUCCUAUUUCCCCAUUCCAGCUUUGACUAUCUGUCUGCCCUAUUGUCUCCUUUUCCCACAACUGUUUUAUUUGGGGAGUUUGCUUUCCUAAAAACAAAAAAACCCCGAGAGUUUCUGGAAGUUAGGAAGAGAAGAAGCUAUCUCUAUCAGGGAGGGCAAUUUAAAACUUAAGGCUGCUCUACUGCUGACUCAGGACCCUUCCCUGCUUGGGCGUGUUCCCUAGAGAUAGGAAGAUUACAGCUCUCGUGGUUCUGAUUUAAAUAGGAACAUGCAGAGUCAGAUUUAAGCUCAAUAUUGUCCAGCCCUACCUGGAAAUGCCGGCGAUGGAACGUGGGGCCUUCUGCAUGCUCUACUGCUGAGCUAUGGGCCUCCCCAUUUCAAAGGGGUCAGUCCUUGCAGGAGCCUUCCACCUAACCUAGAGCCCUCCAAGCACUACGGAGGCUGCCAGCCUGGAGAUGGAGAUGGAAACCAGGACGUUCUGCAUUCAAAGCAACUGACACAAGGAGUUGUAUACCCUCCAACGUUUCUCCCCUGAAAAUAGGGACGUCCUAUUCCAUCCCCAACAACGUUUCUCCCCUGAAAAUAGGGACGUCCUAUUCCAUCCCCAACAACGUUUCUCCCCUGAAAAUAGGGACGUCCUAUUCCAUCCCCAACAACGUUUCUCCCCUGAAAAUAGGGACAUCCUAUUCCAUCCCCUCCAACGUUUCUCCCCUGAAAAUAGGGACAUCCUAUUCCAUCCCCAACAACGUUUCUCCCCUGAAAAUAGGGACAUCCUAUUCCAUCCCCUCCAACGUUUCUCCCCUGAAAAUAGGGACAUCCUAUUCCAUCCUCCAACGUUUCUCCCGUGAAAAGAGGGACGUCCUAUUCCGUCCCCUCCAACGUUUCUCCAAUGUAAAUAGGGACGUCCUAUUCCAUCCCCUCCAACGUUUCUCCCCUGAAAAUAGGGACAUCCUAUUCCAUCCCCAACAACGUUUCUCCCCUGAAAAUAGGGACGUCCUAUUCCAUCCCCUCCAAUGUUUCUACCAUGAAAAUAGGGACGUCCUAUUCCAUCCCCUCCAACGUUUCUCCCCUGAAAAUAGGGACGUCCUAUUCCAUCCCCUCCAAUGUUUCUACCAUGAAAAUAGGGACGUCCUAUUCUAUCUCCUCCAACAUUUCUCCUAAGGAAAAGUGGGACAUUCUGGGAUAAAAUCAGAAACUGGGACGGCUUCUGUAAAUCCAGGACUGUCCCUGGAAAACUGGGACACUUGGAGGGUCUGGAGUUGGGAGUGACUGGUCCAGAGUCUUCUCCCCACAAAGGGCUGACCCUUCUUCACUUCUCUCUGCAGAUCACCAUCUCACUCUUCCUCAUCUCCUUCGGCCUGGCGGUCGGAUCCGGAGUCUCUGCCGAGAGGUUCCGGGAACAGCAUGCAUACCUCUUUGCUUUCUACAGCACCACGAGCUCCAUCCAAUACGCCUUCUUUGCCUUCUGGGGGUUCCUCAUCCUCCUCAGCCUGGUCAUCCCCAUGUCAAUGCUCAUCACGUAAGUCAUCAGCCGCCUCCUCUUCCUUGGGCGGCCGUUAUUGGAGAGGCAUGAGAGGACCGUGUCUCAGCAUGGACUGCCUCACAUGGGGGCCCAUAUUGACUGGUUCGCGGGAAUACGAGACGCGGGUGGCGCUGUGGGUUAAACCACAGAGCCUAGGGCUUGCCGAUCAGAAGGUCGGCGGUUUGAAUCCCCGCAAUGACGGGGUGAGCUCCCGUUGCUCGGUCCCUGCUCCUGCCCACCUAGCAGUUUGAAAGCACGUCAAAGUGCAAGUAGAUAAAUAGGUACCACUCCGGCGGGAAUGUAAACGGCGUUUCCGUGCGCUGCUCUGGUUCGCCAGAAGCGGCUUAGUCAUGCUGGCCACAUGACCCGGAAGGUGGACGCCGGCUCCCUCGGCCAGUAAAGCGAGAUGAGUGCCGCAACUCCAGAGUCAGCCACAAAUGGACCUAAUGGUCAGGGGUCCCUUUACCUUUAUUGACUGGUUCACGGGAGUACAGGGUCAGCCAACAAGGACAAUGCGGGUUGGAUUAUACAGCCCCUGGAAACUCCUUCCAGCUCUAAAAUUCCAUCGUACAGUGGUACCUUGGGUUAAGAACUAAAUUCGUUCUGGAGGUCCGUUCUUAACCUGAAACUGUUCUUAACCUGAAGCACCACUUUAGCUAAUGGGGCCUCCUGCUGCCACUGCGCGAUUUCUGUUCUCAUCCUGAAGCAAAGUUCUUAACCCGAGGUACUAUUUCUGGGUUAGUGGAGUCUGUAACCUGAAGCGUAUGUAACCUGAAGCAUCUGUGAUCUGAAGGUACUACUGUAUACCACUUUUCCUGGGAGCAUAACGUUCCUCGUUGGCUAACUCCUUAGUCAAUCGCAGUAACAUCCCCACAGACCAAAGGAACUGACUUGUGCAAUAUCCCCUCCAACGUUUCUCCCCUGAAAAUAGGGACGCCCUAUUCCAUCCCCUCCAACGUUUCUCCCCUGAAAAUAGGGACGUCCUAUUCCAUCCCCUCCAACGUUUCUCCUGUGAAAAUAGGGACGUCCUAUUCCGUCCCUCCAACGUUUCUCCCUUUAAAAUAGGCACGUCCUAUUCCAUCCUCCAACGUUUCUCCCGUGAAAAGAGGGACGUCCUAGUCCAUCCCCUCCAACGUUUCUCCCCUGAAAAUAGGGACGUCCUAUUCCAUCCCCUCCAACGUUUCUCCCCUGAAAAUAGGGACGUCCUAUUCCAUCCCCUCCAAUGUUUCUCCCUUGAAAAAAGGGACGUCCUAUUCCAUCCCCUCCAACGUUUCUCCCCUGAAAAUAGGGACGUCCUAUUCCAUCCCCUCCAACGUUUCUCCCCUGAAAAUAGGGACGCCCUAUUCCAUCGCCUCCAACGUUUCUCCCGUGAAAAUAGGGACGUCCUAUUCCAUCCCCUCCAACGUUUCUCCCGUGAAAAUAGGGACGUCCUAUUCCAUCCCCUCCAACGUUUCUCCCCUGAAAAUAGGGACGUCCUAUUCCAUCCCCUCCAAUGUUUCUCCCCUGAAAAUAGGGACAUUGCCCAGCCACGGUGGGCACCUCCCAACAGAAUAUUAAAAACAUUGUAAAACAUCAAACAUCAAAAACUUCCCUAAACAGGGCUGCCUUCGGAUGUCUUCUAAAAGUCAGAUAGUUGUUUAUUUCCUUGACAUCUGAAGGGAGGGCGCCACCACCGAGACGGCCCUCUGCCUGGUUCCCUGUAACUUCGCUUCUCGCAGUGAGGGAACUGCCAGAAGACCAUGGGAUCCAAGUGGCAACAGUGACAACAGGAUGCUGGAUUUAGAAAGGCCCUGAUCGCAGAACCGUAGAAUCGUAGAGUUGGAAGGGACCCCAAGGUUCAUCUAGUCAAACCCCACCAAAGCAUCCAGGUCAGGUGACUGUCCAAACCUCUGCUUUGAAACCUCCUAGGAAGGGGAGUCCACAAGCUAGGAGGACCAUUCUGAUGUUCAGUAGGUUGUUCCAGCUUUGCUCCACAAGCCACAAAAGUCUUCUUUGCCUGUUCAGUGAUUGGGGAUUUUUUCUCCCCGGCGCAGGUUCGAAUUCAUUUACCUGGUCAACAGUUGUUUCAUCAACUGGGACAGGGAAAUGUAUUACGCCCCGAAGGACAUGCCAGCGAAAGCUCGGAGCACCAGUCUGAACGACCAGCUGGGGCAGAUAGAAUACGUCUUCUCGGAUAAGACGGGGACUUUGACCCAGAACAUCAUGACCUUCAAGAAAUGUUGUAUCAACGGGGUGAUAUACGGUAAAGUCCCAUUGGGAUCUCACUGGGAUUUGGGAAAAAGUCCUACAUUUCUGUCCAGGCAAGCUUCAGAAUGGGCAGGGCGACAAAUGCAAUUUUUUUAACCCUUUGUGCGCCAGGGUAGCUUUUGCACACUUUUUUUUAAAAUCAUUUAUUUGGUUUCUCAAAUUAAAAUUUUAAAGUCCAACUUACAACUUCAAAACAAGAUCCCGAGGAAUCUCCCAGACUUCCCUGCUCCUCCCCUUUGUGGGUCCUGUUGCGAAUCAUUUCCUCUUGCACUUUUUACGAUAAUCCAGAAUCUUUUCACCUCUCCAUUGUGUCCAAAAUUCGCCAUUAAACUACAAGUGAUAUUUACAGUCCUGCUAACCAUUUUAACCGUUUUACAAUGGUUUUUAAGAUUAGUUAUAAUUCCCCCCACCCACCCAUUCCUUCUUAACAUUUUGGUCUUCCUGAUUUCUGAUUCUUCCUUUUGGAAAUAUUUGCAGGUUCGCAGAACAGCGCUCAAGACAAGUCCAUGGUAGGUUGUAUAUUCAUGCUGUAAAUUACAUGAGUUCCUCAAGAAAUUGGUUUGCUUUAUGAUUGCACCCCAAGCCAGGGUUUCUUAUUCCAUGGUUUAUUAAAACCAUGGUUUCUUGUGGCGUGUGAGCCCAACAGCUUAACCAUGGUUUGCUGUCAACAGUUUGCCAGGUUUUGUUUGAACGUCGUGCCCCAAACAACAAAGGCAGAAAGCGAGACUGCCUGGGAAGCAAACCCUGGUUAACGGGCUGUUUGCUAAGCAAACCAUGGCUUAGCAUUAUGUGCUAACCGAGCCACUGUUGCCACAUGAAAGAGGUCUGUGCACAUGAGAGCUAUUGACAUAUUGGACUUCUACAAAGUUGGAGUGUGGGAAUCUUCUGUUACCACAAGGCCCACAGUGUGGAAACGUUCUUCUCCGAAAGCUUACAAGGAGCUGUAUUUCUGCGUGAGUGUCUGGAGGCGGUUGGAGGAUGGAUGGCGGCCAACAGAUUGAGGAUGAAUCCUGACAAGACAGAAGGACUGUUUUGGGGGGACAGGAGGCGGGCAGGUGUGGGGGACUCCCUGGUCCUGAAUGGGGUAACUGUGCCCCUGAAGGAUCAGGUGCGCAGCCUGGGAGUCAUUUUGGACUCAGCGCUAUCCAUGGAGGCGCAGGUCAGUUCUGUGUCCAGGGCAGCUCCAUCUGGUUCGUAGGAUGAGACCCUCCCUGCCCACAGACUGUCUGGCCAGAGUGGUGCAUGCUCUGGGUAUCUCCCACUUGGACUACUGCCAUGUGCUCUCCUUGGAAGGCUACCUUUGAAGGUGACCCGGAAACUACAACUAAUCCAGAAUGUGGCAGCUAGACUGGGGACUGGGAGCAGCCACCAAGACCACAUAACACCGGUCUUGAAAGACCUGCAUUGGCUUCCAGGACGUUUCCAAGCACAAUUCAAAGUGUUGGUGCUGACCUUGAUAGUCCUAAAUGGCCCAGUAUACGUGAAGCAGCAUCUCCACCCCCAUCGUCCAUCCCGGACACCGGGGUCCAUCUCCCAAGGGCCUUCUGGCGGUUCCCUCCCUGAGAGAAGCCAAGUUCCAGGGAACCAGGCAGAGGGCCUUCUUGGUGGCGGCGCCUGCCUUGUGCAACGCCCUCCUGUCAGAUGUCAAGGAAAUAAACAACUAUCUGACUUUUAGAAGACAUCUGAAGGCAGUCCUGUUUAGGGAGGUUUUUAAUGUUUUAUCGUGUUUUAAAUAUAUUCUGUUGGAAGCCGCCCAGAGUGGCUGGGGAAACCCAGCCAGAUGGGUGGGGUCUAAAUAAUAAAUUGUUGUUGUUUCUGACCUGAGUGUGUGUGAAGACGGAAUCUGAUGGUUUGCAGUUUCCCCAGGGUUCUUCCUCAUCAUUAACCUCUUAACUUCAUUUCUUCCCCUUUCCAGGAGAUGGAUUUGAAGUGGAACAAGUACUUGGAUAGUAAACUGGAAUUUUAUGACCAGCAGCUCCUGGCAAACAUCCGACGAAACGAUGACCCCAUGGUGAAGGAAUUCAUGCGUCUCCUGGCAAUCUGCCACACCGUCAUGGUUGAGGAGAAACAGAGUGAGUGGCUGCUUUUAACUAAUAUACCUGAAGGAGCGUCUCCACCCCCAUCGUUCUGCCCGGACGCUGAGGUCCAGCGCCGAAGGCCUUCUGGCGGUUCCCUCAUUGCGAGAAGCAAAGCUACAGGGAACCAGGCAGAGGGCCUUCUCGGUAGUGGCGCCCGCCCUGUGGAACGCCCUCCCAUCAGAUGUCAAAGCAAUAAAUAACUACCUGACAUUUAGAGGGCAUCUUAAAGCAGCCUUGUUCAGGGAAGCUUUUAAUCUGUGAUAUUUUACUGUAUUUUUUGUUUCUAUGGAAGCCGCCCAGAGUGGCUGGGGAAACCCAGCCAGAUGGGCGGGGUACAAAUAAUAAAUUAUUAUUAUUAUUAUUAUUAUAUAAUAUAAAAGUGUAAUAAAACAGCAAGCGUUUAAAACUUUCCUGAGCAGGGCUGCCUUCAGGUGUCUUCUAAAAGUCAGACAAUUGUUUUUCUCCUCAACAUCUGACGGGAAGGCGUUCCACAGGGCGGGCGCCACCACUGAGAAGGCCCUGAAAAGGUCAAAAGGUGUGCGUGUUUUCGUGAGAAUGUUUCACCCAAGCAUGCAAAGAAUUUAUUUGGCGAUCCCUCGUAGCCGAGUAAGAUCUUCCAUAAACACGGUUUUAGCAAUGAGUCCAUAAGUGACUGUGGAGGCCAAUUCUGGAUCCCCACGUCCUUCCACAGUGGGGACAUUGGUUUCCAGGCAGGAGUUGACCCCGGUGAGGGUUUGCCAAGCGUGCCUUCCUCUUAGCAUGUUUCUCCCUUGCGUCCUGAGUUUGAGUGUCUUCAAAGCCCACGACACCUUUGGUCAAGGCUGUUCUCCAAUUGGAGCGCUCGCAGGCCAGUGUUUCCCAAUUGUUGGUGUUUAUACUACAUUUUUUAAAUAUUGCCUGAAUGCCAGCAAGGCUGAGUAAGGUAAAGGUAAAGGGACCCCUGACCAUUAGGUCCAGUCGUGGCCGACUCUGGGGUUGCGGCGCUCAUCUCGCUUUAUUGGCCGAGGGAGCCGGCGUACAGCUUCCGGGUCAUGUGGCCAGCAGGACUAAGCCCCUUCUGGCGAACCAGAGCAGCGCAUGGAAACGCCGUUUACCUUCCUGCUGGAGCAGUACCUAUUUAUCUACUUGCACUUUGACAUGCUUUCGAAUUGCUAGGUUGGCAGGAGCUGGGACUGAGGAACGGGAGCUCACCCCGUCAUUGCAGGGAUUCGAACCGCCGACCUUCUGAUCGGCAAGCCCUAGGCUCUGUGGUUUAACCCACAGCGCCACCCGCGUCCCCCAGCAAGGCUGAACCGGGGUGUAAUUCCCUGCUCAGAUCAACCCUAGUGUGAAAUAAACUCUAGGUCUAUGAAUGAGGGUCAGCAAGGUUGAAAUGGGAUAUAAUGCACAGCUCGUUCCAUACCCUAGCAGGAAGUAAACAAAGUCAUAGAAUAAUGAGGACUAGAAUCCUCUUUGAGGAAGUGCAUUUCUCUGAAAAAUUUCUGGCUAGCUGUUUUUUCAGCUUCUCUGACACCUGAGCGGUGCAGUUAUUCUUACUUUCCCAUGACAAUACCCACAGGGCUCUGGAUGGAAGCCAGAAACCACAGCUUGAUAGUAGAUACUAAGGAUUUGUUUGUUUGUGUUUUUAAAACUUUUAAUUAUGGUACUCAGCCCAAUGUAAGCAGAUCCUUUCCUUGUCGAGCUAAUUCCAUGGCGUGACCCGUUAAGUCGUUAACGGGAAAAAUGCAGGGCGGCACCUCUGCCUGGCAACGAGAUGGGAUUUGGUGGAGAAAGACGUCUGUUUUGCAGCCAGAAGAGGAAAUGUUUGCAGCGCGUUUUACGGACACUGCGCCUUUUGUUUCUGUUUUGAAUGGCAAUUCCGUUGCUUUUGUAACGCAAAGUUCAGCAGAAACGUUGAUCCAGGGGUUUGGCUUGGCCCCACAACCAUGGGUUUCCUAGGUCCUGGAGCCAAAAUUUGUGGGUGCAGUUGACGGAGAAAUCUGAGAGCUCCCCUGGACCAAAAAACAACAAAAAACAAGGACACCAGCCAGGAAUACCAGAGCGAAACAGCAGCCAGUCGGCUUGGUCUUUACUGAAGACUGUCGCGACAGGACUCCCACCUGCCACCAGGUGGAACAAGAUGGAAACCCCGAACAAAAGAGAACCCCAACUUUUAUUAGCUGCUAAUCCCCAUGUUACAGCCCCCCAAACUACAUCACUAAUGCGUCAUGGUUACAUCAUGAAAGGGGAGGUCUGGUGGCAGUAAUCUGAGGAUCCUGGACCCUGCCCCAUGGUUCCCCUUGCCCUCCACCAAACACCCAUCAAUAUGAUAUGAUACGAUACGAUACGAUACAAUACGAUACGAUAAACAGGGAAAUGUAAAUAUCUCUUUCGUUACACUUCAUGAUCUCUUUCAGCUUCUGCCUUCUGGAAGAAGGGACAGUGUUAUAAAGACUAGGACUAGCCACCUAAGAAACAGUUUUUAUCCAAAUGCGAUAUUGGUUUUAAACACAGUGUAAGGUAGUCUCUGUGGGAGUAUAUUGUAUUUAAUUAUGGGGUAUCAGAGUUUUUAGGGGGUUAACCAGGCUGGGAUAGCUGGGAUAGCAGGCUUGUUGGUUUCUGAACGUCUGAUGCAGAUUUUUUUCAAUUUCGUUGUUCUGUAUGGGACAAUGACAAUAAAGAUUCCCAGCCAAGUUACUCACACCCUUUUGUCUUCAUCUGGGUUUGUUAUUUCUGGAAUGGCUACCUGUCUGGCACUCAGGUAUCAGGAGGCCAGGGAUUAUCACUCAGGCAGAGGGGCUGCUGAGGAGCUGAGCUCACAUGUCUAUAGGAAUUUCUGAAGUUUUCCCAGUGAGCCAGUGCAUAGGUACAUUUAUCAGUGAAUUCUUACAUUUGGCAUCGUGCAGCAAAGGCCCUUUCAAUAGAUAGGAAGAAACUGCGAUGAAGUGUUUUGUGGGGACAAAUCACAAAAGUCACAAAUAUAUAUGUAAAAACAAAACAAAAACCAGAACAGAUCCAUUGGAAUGAAUGGCUCUACGGUAGUUUUUAUGUUGCAAAAUUUCAAUCUGAAAAACCCAAUAAAUAAAUUGGGGGGAGGGUGUUUUUUGUAAAAAAGAAGAACAAAGACGUCAUCCAGCCUCAUGGAUUUGUGAUCCAUCUGGGCAAAAGGGCCUGGGGUGAUUCUGGCGAUGACCACCUGCUCUCCUCCCUCCCCAAUUUCUCAUAGAUCAGCUAGUCUACCAAGCCGCUUCGCCGGACGAGGAAGCCCUGGUGACCGUGGCCAGGAACCUGGGCUAUGUCUUCCUGUCUCGAACACAGGACACGGUCACCAUCAGCGAGCUCGGGGUGGAGAGAACCUACAAAGUGCUGGCCCUUCUGGACUUCAACAGCGUCCGCAAACGGAUGUCCAUUGUGGGUCAGUGUUUUGUGGGCCCAUAAUCACAGAAUCGUAGAGUUGGAAAAGGGGACCCUGAAAAUCAUCUGCCGCUGUCCCAUACGGAAAUCCAUAAGGGUCCUUGACAUCUGAAGGGAGGGCGUUCCACAGGGCGGGUGCCACCACCGAGAAGGCCCUCUGCCUGGUUCCCUGUAACCUUGCUUCUCACAGGGAGGGAACCACCAGAAGGCCCUCAGGAGAUGGACCCCGGUGUCCGGGCAGAACGAUGGGGGUGGAGACGCUCCUUCAGGGAUACUGGGCCGUUUAGGGCUUUCAAGGUCAGCACCAACACUUUGAAUUGUGCUCGGAAACAUCCUGGGAGCCAAUGUAGCAUAUUUUCGCUCUAUAAGACGCACCAGACCACAAGACGCACCUAGCUUUUGGAGGAUGAAAACAAGAAAAAAAAUAUUCUGAAUCUCAGAAGACAGAACAGCAAGAGGGAUCGCUGCGCAGCGAAAGCAGCAAUCCCUCUUGCUGUUCUGGCUUCUGGGAUAGCUGCGCAGCCUGCAUUCGCUCCAUAAGACGCGCACACAUUUCCCCUUACUUUUUAGGAGGGAAAAAGUGAGUCUUAUAGAGCAAAAAAAUACGGUAGGUCUUUCAGGACUGGUGUUAUGUGGUCUCGGUGACCGCUCCCAGUCACCAAUCUAGCUGCCGCAUUCUGGAUUAAUUGUAGUUUCCGAGUCACCUUCAAAGGUAGCCUCACAUAGAGCGCAUGGCAGUAGUCCAAGCGCAUUUUCACGGAUGGGAAACUUCACCCUUCUGGAUGUUGCCAGACUACAACUCCCAUCAGCGCCAACGGUCAGGGAUGAUGGGAGUUGGAGUCCAGGAAUAUCUGGGACGGUCAGAGGUUUCCCACCUUUGGUAAACAGAUGAUGCCUCUCUCUCUCUCUCUCUCUCUCUCUCUCUCUCUCUCUCUCUCUCCUUAAGGGUUUUUUGUUUCUCCACCCCACAGUGCGAGACCCCGAAGGCCAUAUCAAGCUUUACACCAAAGGAGCAGACACGGUGAUCCUGGAGAGACUCCACAGAGAGCGUGCGACUGAAGGAUGCACCGUCAAGGCUCUGGACGUAAGUCUUUGCAAGCGGGUGGAAGCUGGUGUGACUUAGUGGUCAGAGUGUCAGACUAAGAACUGGACGGCCAGGGUUUGAACCCCCAGCUCGCUGGCUGACCUCAAGAAGAAGAAGAGGAGUUUGGACUUGAUAUCCCGCUUUAUCACUACCCGAAGGAGUCUCAGCGGGUGGCGCUGUGGGUUAAACCACAGAGCCUAGGGCUUGCCGAUCAGAAGGUUGGCGGUUCGAAUCCCCGUGGCGGGGUGAGCUCCCGUUGCUCGGUCCCUGCUCCUGCCCACCUAGCAGUUCAAAAGCACGUCAAAAUGCAAGUAGAUAAAUAGGUACCGCUCCGGCGGGAAGGUAAACAGCGUUUCCAUCCGCUGCUCUGGUUUGCCAGAAGCAGCUUAGUCCUGCUGGCCACAUGACCCAGAAGCCGUACGCCGGCUCCCUCGGCCAAUAAAGCGAGAUGAGUGCCGCAACCCCAAAGUCGGCCGCGACUGGACCUAAUGGUCAGGGGUCCCUUUAUCUUUAAGGAGUCUCAAAGCGGCUAACAAUCUCCUUUCCCUUCCUCCCCCCCACAACAAACACUCUGUGAGGUGAGUGGGGCUGAGAGACUUCAAGAAGUGUGACUAGCCCAAGGUCACCCAGCAGCUGCAGGUGGAGGAGCGGAGACACGAACCCGGUUCACCAGAUUACGAGACUACCACUCCUAAGCAGUACACCACACUGGCUCUCAAUUCAACUGCCUCUCCCUCACAAAUUUGUGAGGAUAAAAUAGGGGGGAGGAGAUCUCCGUACGCCGCCUUGAGCUCCUCAAAGGAAUGUGAAUGUAAAAAUGAAUCCACUCACAGACUUGUAGCUGAUGGACGAGGCUGUUUAUUUGCCACCAGAAUUCCACCUGCCCUAAAUCUGUCCUUCCCGCAAAGCUAAAGUAAGAUUCUAUUCCUCAUGGUGGUGACUAAAGGGAACAUAGGAAGAUGCCUUUGACAGAGUCAGACCACUGGUCCGUCUAGUUCAAUGUUGCUGACACUGGCUGGCAGCAGCUGUCCUUCAGGAUUUUAGACAGGGAUAUGUCCCAGUCCUAGCGAUUAAAAAUACAUUAAAACGUCAAACAUUAAAAACUUCCCGAAACAGGGCUGCCUUCAGAUGUCUUCUAAAAGUCAGAUAGCUGUUUAUUCCCUUCACAUCUGAUGGAAGGGCGUUCCACAGGGAGGGCACCACCACCGAGAAGGCCCUCUGCCUGGUUCCCUGUAACCUCGCUUCUCUCAGGGAGGGAACCGCCAGAAGUCCCUCAGAGCUGGACCUCAGUGUCCGGGCAGAACGAUGGGGGUGGAGACGCUCCUUCAGGGAUACUGGGCCAUUUAGGGCUUUCAAGGUCAGCACCAACACUUUGAAUUGUGUUUGGAAACGUCCUGGGAGCCAAUGUAGGUCUCUCAGGACCGGUGUUAUAUGGUCUCCACUUCCAGUCCCCAGUCUAGCUGCCGCAUUCUGGAUUAGUUGCAGUUUCUGGGUCACCUUCAAAGGGAGCCCCAUGUAGAGCGCAUUGCAGUAGUCCAAGCAGGAGAUAACCAGAGCAUGCACCACUCUGGCCAGACAGUCUGCGGGCAGGGAGGGUCUCAUCCUGCGUACCAGAUGGAGCUGGUAGACAGCCGCCCUGGACACAGAAUGGACCUGCUCCUCCAUGGACAGCCGUGAGUCCAAAAUGACUCCUAGCUACCCUUCUACAGAAAUCCAUCUUCCCAGCAGUCUCUGCUUUUGCCUCUCCUAGACUUUCGCGGCUGAGACGCUGAGGACUCUGUGCGUGGCGACGAGAGAUGUGGGCGAGAGCGAGUUUUCCCUGUGGAGUAAGAAACACCACGCUGCCAGCGUCUUGCUGCAGAAUCGAGCCCAAGAACUGGACAAAGUUUAUGAGGAGAUUGAGAAGGAUCUCAGGGUAAGAUCCUUUGGUCAGCAAAAGGCUUCUCCUGCGGCCGGACUUCCCUUUCUACAGGGUGCCAGAUGUCAUUAUUACUUUUUUUUUUAAUCACAAUUACUGUCACUACUAUUAAAAAUUUGUGUACUGCUAUAUACCCACAAGGGACGCGGGUGGCACUGUGGGUUAAACCACAGAGCCUAGGGCUUGCCAAUCAGAAGGUUGGCGGUUCGAAUCCCCGCAAUGACGGGGUGAGCUCCCGUUGCUCGGUCCCUGCUCCUGCCAACCUAGCAGUUCGAAAGCACGUCAAAGUGCAAGUAGAUAAAUAGGUACCACUCCAGCGGGAAGGUAAACGGUGUUUCCGUGCACUGCUCUGGUUCGCCAGAAGCGGCUUAGUCAUGCUGGCCACGUGACCAGCUGUACGCUGGCUCCCUCGGCCAGUAAAGCGAGAUGAGCACCGCAACUCCAGAGUCGUCCGCGACUGGACCUAAUGCUCAGGAGUCCCUUUACCUUUACCUAUAUACCCACAGGUCUCAGGGUGGUUCACAACAUAAAACCACAAUAUAAAAAAACCAAAAAUACAUAAUGCCAUAUUUCCAAAUUAAAAUUACUUUUUUUUCUUAGCUACACUGAUGAUAGUCAUUGUUUGCAUGGGGGGCUUUUAUCCAUUUCCGCAGUCACACAAUCAGUCAAUCAGUAGCUGAAAUGGGUUCCACACAGUCAUGAAAACAAAUGAACCGAAAAAGCCUCAAAAACCAAAACGCAAAAUAAAGAGCAAAAAGAAAAGCGCCAAGGUUAAUCUGUUCCAGAAGUCCGUUUGACUUCCGAAAUGUUCAGAAAGCAAGGCGCAGCUUCUGAUUGGCGCAGGCGCCCCGGAAACAAUAGCCGACAGCCGCGUUGGACAUUUGGCUUCUGAAAAACGUUUGAAAAUCGGAACACUCACUUCCGGGUUUUUGGUGUUUGGGAACCAAGGCGUUUGAGAACCAAGGCAUUUGAGAACCAAGGUGUUUGAGAACCAAGGCGUUUGAGAACCAAGGCGUUUGAGAACCGAGGUACCACUGUAUUCAGAAAAAUAGACAAAGCGAUACUCAGAGCCACUAAUUAACAAAUAAAGGAAACCUCAACCUCCUCCUGGUCCAAAAGGUCAUUCACAUCAAGCCCACAAUUUCCCCCUUCAACCUCCCCACCCCACCCAGAAGUCUGGUCUCAGGGCUAGCUGUUGCAGAUCAGUUAUUGGGGGUCAAGUCAGGAGGGAGAUAGGAGCAAAGCGAAGUCGGGUGAUGGCAGCCAACAGCUUCGCGGUUGACCAGGCUACUUCCCCCCUCCUGAAACUUCCCACGUUCCGUUCCGUCCUACGCGCCCCUGUUGGAGUCUGGUAUUACGAGCGAGGAAGGAGCUGGGGGCGAAAGGUUUCUGGGUUAGCUAGAGUUCCAUCAUUGCCUCGUCUUGGUCUUCCUCUCUCAGCUCCUGGGGGCAACAGCUAUCGAGGACAAACUGCAAGACGGGGUUCCAGAAACCAUUCAGCUUCUCAAAAGGGGAGACAUCAAAGUGUGGGUGUUGACGGGAGACAAGCAAGGUAAGGAAUUCGUGGAGACGGGUGGUGGUGGUGGAAACAUAGCUGUCAACUGUCCCUUAUUUGGCAGGAAAGUCCCUUAUCCCAGCGCCGUGUCUUGCUGCUGUCCCUUAUUGAUGAUGUCCCUUAAAUUUCCCGGGUUUCAAAGGAAGCAGCUCCUCUCCCUCCCUCCCUGCCGGCCAGGGAGGAGGGAGGCUCCAACUGUGUUGCUUGGCUGCGUUGCUCACCCAAUAAGGAGUCUGAGAACAACUGGGGGGUGGAGCUUUCAUGCCUUGUGCCAAUCAAAUUGGCCGCGUUGCCUGGGGACUCGCCUUUGCUCAGCGCUUCCCAGCGGAGAGGUGACGGUGGUUUUCCUUGCUGCUUCCCCUUUGCCGGGUUGCUGCGCUGUGGGAACCACCGCUUGAGGCUUCGUUUGGCUGCUGGCUGGGCUUUCUGCCUUUGGCUUGGAGGGGCUCAGAAGUUGAACAUACCUGCGCUCCGAAAAUCCCUUAUUUUGGCUGCUGAUCCCUUAUUUUCGAGGCUGCUGGUCCCUUAUUUUCAAAUCUGUAAGUAGACAGCUAUGGGUGGAAAUGUCCCACCAACCUCCACCUGCCCUCAGCCAACCCCCACCUAGCUGUCUUUACCCCCCUUCUUUGGCGAUCUCUCGUAGCCGAGUGAGAUUGUCUUCCAUAAACACGGUUUUCAAAAGUGAGUCCGUAACUGACUACGGAGGCCAAUUCUGGAUCCACACGUCCUUCCACAAUGGGGACAUAGGUUUCCGGGCGGGAGUUGAUCCCGGUGAGGAUUUGCCAAGCAUGCCUUCCUCUUGGCACGUUUCUCCCUUGCGUCCUGAGUUCGAGUGUCUCCAAAGCCCAUGACCCCUUUGGUAAAGGCUGUUCUCCAACUGGAGCCCUCGCAGGCCAGUGUUUCCCAGUUGUCAGUGUUUAUACUACAUUUGUUUCCCCUUGGGGUCCCUACAAACUCUACAAUUCUAUGAAAACAUUUGUGUAUGUAUGUAUGUAUGUAUGUAUGUAUAUGUGUGUGUGUGUGUGUGUGUGUGUGUAUCCUGUGCAAGAGUGAACACACUCAAUGUUUCCGGGCACAAUUCAAAGUGUUGGUGCUGACCUUGAAAGCCCUAAAUGGCCUCAGCCCAGUAUCUCUGAAGGAGCGUCUCCACCCCAGACACCUGGGUCCAGCUCCGAGGGCCUUCUGGAGGUUCCCUCCCUGUGAGAAGUGAGGUUACAGGGAACCAGGCAGAGGGCCUUCCCGGUGGUGGCGCCCACCCUGUGGAACGCCCUCCCACCAGAUGUCAAGGAAGUAAACAACUAUCUGACAUUUAGAAGGCAUCUGAAGGCAGCCCUCUUUAGGAAAGUUUUUUAUGUUUACUGGUGUAUUAUGUUUUUAAUAUUCUGUUAGGAGCUAUUGGGCAAACCCAGCCAGAUGGGUGGUGUAUAAAUAAUAAAUUAUUAUUAUUAUUAUUAUUAUUAUUAUUAUUAUUACUGUGGUACCUCUGGUUACGAACUUAAUCUGUUCCGGAGGUCCGCUCUUAACCUGAAACCGUUCUUAACCUGAGGUACCACUUUAGCUAAUGGGGCCUCCUGCUGCCGUGCAAUUUCUGUUCUCAUCCUGAAGUAAACUUCUUAACCCGAGGUACUACUUCUAGGUUAGUGGAGUCUGUAACCCGAAGUGUUUGUAAGCUGUGGUUGUUGGCGCAUCUCAUCAGGGCACCCUCAUCUCAUUUUCACUCUUUCCUUGUGUUUUCAGAGACUGCCGUCAAUAUUGGCUUUGCCUGUCGACUUCUCUCGGAUGACAUGACUAUUCUGGAGGAGAGCGAAAUCAGGUAUGAGUGUCUUCUGAGCUCUAGGUUUGGGGCAAGUGUUCUCUGGUGGGAGAGCCCCCAGCAGCUCUAACUGUCAGAAAGUUCUUCCUGAUAUUGAGUCUUGUAACCUGAACCCAUGGUUUACUUACAAGCGCUUCAAAGGUCCGAGUCAUGUGCUGUUCCAUGCAGCAUUUGGAAAAAAUUGCACAGGCAGUAGAACUUGGCUUAGUUGCAAAAGGAUGAAAUUAUUCGGUUCCUGGACGCUUCGAAUAUCGUACGUUUCGACUCCCAAAUGCCAAAAACCUGGAAGUAAAUGCUUCCGUUUGCAAACGUUUUUCGGAAUCUGAACGUGCUACGCGGCUUCCACUGAGUGCAAGAAGCUCUUGCAACCAAUGGGAAGCCUCGCCUCGGUUUUCGAAUGUUUCGGAAGCUGAACGGGCUUCCGGAACGGAUUUCGUUUGAGAACGGAUGUACCACUGUAUAGGAACCCAAGGGAGGCUUGUUAAAGCCAUGCGGCUAAGCUGGAGCAAACAUGUUGAGCUUCUCAGGUAGACAGAGGGAUCAAAGGCUUGGUUACCUAGUCCCUACCUAGCUAAGCCUUGCAGGCCAGCUUACUCUAUGGUAUUAACCCCUUCAUGCAUUAACACCAGUCUUGAAAGACCUACACUGACUCCCAGUACGUUUCCGAGCACAAUUCAAAGUGUUGGUGCUGACCUUUAAAGCCCUAAACGGCCUCAGUCCAGUAUACCUGAAGGAAGGUCUCCACCCCCAUCGUUCUGCCCGGACACUGAGGGCCAGCUCUGAGGGCCUUCUGGCGGUUCCCUUAUUGUGAGAAGCAAAGCUACAGGGAACCAGGCAGAGGGCCUUCUUGGUGGUGGCGCCCGCCCUGUGGAACGCCCUCCCACCAGAUGUCAAAGAGAACAACAACUACCAAACUUUUAGAAGACAUCUGAAGGCAGCCCUGUUUAGGGAAGCUUUUAAUGUUUAAUAGGUUAUUGUAUUUUAGUGUUUUGCUGGAAGUCGCCCAGAGUGGCUGGGGAAACCCAGCCAAAUAGGUGGGGUAUAAAUAAUAAAUUAUUAUUAUUAUUAUUAUUAUUACUAAUCAGACUUAAGUAUGUUGGUUAUAUGAAGCUGUGUGUCAGUAUUUCUGUUUUGGCUCUUCAACCACCCACCUUGUUUUGCAGCGAGAUUCUGGAGCCAGGCUGGUACAGCAAUAGCAGCUUAGCUAGCAGUGGAGAAGGCCUCUGCAAAGAAAAGUCAUUCCUAUCCUUCCCAGCCUCCCUGUCACACGGCAAGAAAGCAUUGGUGGUCACCGGAGACUUCCUGGUAAGAUAUAUAAUUUUGCUGAACCCCUCUUCCUUCCUUCCCAGACUUAAAUUCUAGAAAUGGAAAGUAUUUUUACAGCCCAUUCCACCCUCCCCCCCCCAAUAUCCUCCAGGCAGUUUGUUGUUGUUGCUGCUGUUUAGUCGUUUAGUCGUGUCCGCCUCUUUGUGACCCCCUGGACCAGAGCACGCCAGGCCCUCCUGUCUUCCACUGCCUCCCCCAGUUUGGUCAAACUCAUGCUGGUAGCUUCCAGAACACUGUCCCACCAUCUUGUCCUCUGUCGUCCCCUUCUCCUUGCGCCCUCCAUCUUCCCCAACAUCAGGGUCUUUUCCAGGGAGUCUUCUCUUCUCAUGAGGUGGCCAAAGUCUUGGAGCCUCAGCUUCAGGAUCUGUCCUUCCAGUGAGCACUCAGGGCUGAUUUCCUUGAGAAUGGAGAGGUUUGAUCUUCUUGCAGUCCAUGGGACUCUCCAGAGUCUCCUCCAGCACCAGAAUUCAAAAGCAUCCAUUCUUUGGCGAUCAGCCUUCUUUAUGGUCCAGCUCUCACUUCCGUACAUCACUACUGGGAAAACCAUAGCUUGAACUAUACGGACCUUUGUUGGCAAGGUGAUGUCUCUGCUUUUUAAGAAUCUGUCUAGGUUUGCCAUUGCCUUUCACCCAAGAAGCAGGCGUCUUUUAAUUUCGUGGCUGCUGUCACCAUCUGCAGUGAUCAUGGAGCCCAAGAAAGUAAAAUCUCUCACUGCCUCCAUUUCUUCCCCUUCUGUUUGCCAGGAGGUGAUGGGCCCAGUGGCCAUGAUCUUCAAUUUUUUUGAUGUUGAGCUUCAGACCAUAUUUUGCGCUCUCCUCUUUCACCCUCAUUAAAAGGUUCUUUAAUUCCUCCUCGCUUUCUGCCAUCAAGGUUGUGUCAUCUGCAUAUCUGAGGUUGUUGAUAUUUCUUCCGCCGAUCUUAAUUCCGGCUUGGGAUUCACCCAGCCCAGCCUUUCGCAUGAUGAAUUCUGCAUAUAAGUUAAAUAAGCAGGGAGACAAUAUACAGCCAGGCAGUUUAGCCGCUUUCAAAGCAGACACACUGAACCAGUGCUUCUUUCUAGCCAGCGUAGUUUUGACACCUGGUUUUUUAUUACAUGAUGUUUUAAGCAUUUUUUUAAGUUCCUCUUGAAUGUCACUCCAAAAUUGUUUGAUAUGCACACACUCCCACCACAUAUGAUACAUGGUUCCUAUCCAUGGAACCAUGGUAGGCUGAGACCUUACCUGCCUGCGGACUGUCUUGCCAGAGUGGUGCAUGCUCUAGUUAUCUCCCACUUGGACUACUGCAAUGCGCUCUACGUGGGGCUGCCUUGGAAGGUGACCCGGAAACUACAAUUAAUCCAGAUUGCGGCAGCUAGACGGGUGACUGGGAGUGGCUGCCGGGACCACAUAACACCGGUCCUGAAAGAUCUGCAUUGGCUCCCAGUACGUUUCCGAGCACAAUUCAAAGUGUUGGUGCUGACCUUGAAAGCCCUAAAUGGCCUUAGCCCUGUAUACCUGAAGGAGCGUCUCCACCCCCAUCGUCCACCCCGGACACUGAGGUCCAGCGCUGAGGGCCUUCUGGCAGUUCCCUCAUUGCAAGAAACGAGGUUACAGGGAACCAGACAGAGGGCCUUCUCGGUAGUGGCGCCCGCCCUGUGGAACGCCCUCCCUUCAGAUGUGAAGGAAAUAAGCAGCUAUCCUAUCUUUAAAAGACAUCUGAAGGCAGCCCUGUUUAGGGAAGCUUUUAACAUUUAACGCUGUAUUGUUUUUAACACUUGAUUGGGAGCCGCCCAGAGUGGCUGGGGAAACUCAGCCAGAUGGGCGUGGUAUAAAUAAUAAAUUAUUAUUAUAAAUUAUAAAUUAUUAUUAUAAUAUAUUAUUAUUAAGCAUUUUUUAAAAUUCCUCUUGAAUGGCCCUCCGAAAUUGUUUGAUAUGCACACACUCCCACCACAUAUGAUGAAUUGUUCCUAUAUCAAGUGGCAAUUCAUCCGCAACAGGAACCGAGAAUUUGGGAUGGUCUCUUAACAAAUACAGUGGUACCUCAGGUUAAGUACUUAAUUCGUUCCGUAGGUCCGUUCUUAACCUGAAACUGUUCUUAACCUGAAGCACCACUUUAGCUAAUGGGGCCUCCUGCUGCUGCCGCGCUGCCGGAGCAAGAUUUCUGUUAUUAUCUGUUCUUAACCUGAAGCGGAGUCUGUAACCUGAAGCAUAUGUAACCUGAAGCAUAUGUAACCCGAGGUACCACUGUAAAGACCAUUCGAUUGGGUGUCUCCUCAUUUUCUUCCCAGGAUAAAAUCUUCCACACGGAGGGAUCGACCACGGAGGAGCAGAACCUGAGCUGGCGCCAGCGCUUAAGCUGCUGCCGCGACAGAAACAAGAAGGACCAGGAGAACGCGAUGGAAAAAGCCUUUGUGGAACUGGCCACCACCUGCCAGGCCGUGAUCUGCUGCAGGGUGACUCCCAAGCAGAAAGCCCUCAUCGUUCAGAUGGUCAAGCGACACAAGAAAGCCAUCUCCUUGGCCAUUGGAGAUGGGGCCAACGACGUCAACAUGAUUAAAAGUGAGGCCUUUUCCCAGGGGACCAAGAAGACUUGAGCUUCUAGGUCAGGCAUCCCCAAACUUGGCCCUCCAGAUGUUUUGGGACUACAAAGCCACUUCUGACAUCAGGAGGAGGUGGGGUUGCGGGCUUCACGCCCCCAACAUGCGCGCGGAGGCUGGUUUCCAGCCCCCGCGCAAUCAGGGGAAUCCUCAGGCCGUGUCAUCCCCUGAGCCAGCCAAUCGGCUGGCUUGGGGUGUGUGGCUUGCCUCACUUAAGGCAAGCGCGACCCCGGGAUCUCCCUGUUUUGCCUGCGCAGCUGCUGUUGUUUCCCACCCGCCCGUCCUCUAAGGUUCCCCUUCUGACCUUGCUAUGGACCUCGGUUGGUCGCCGUCAAGGGGCCAGGUAGGAAUUUUUUCCACUUGGCAAAUUGGCACCGGCCAUUUGGUUUUUUGCCUAGGUAAAGGUAAAGGGACCCCUGACCCAUAGGUCCAGUCGUGGCUGACUCUGGGGUUGCGGCGCUCAUCUCGCUUUACUGGCCGAGGGAGCCGGCGUACAGCUUCCGGGUCAUGUGGCCAGCAGGAUUAAGCCGCUUCUGGCGAACCAGAGCAGCGCACGGAAACGCCGUUUACCUUCCCACCAGAGUGGUAGCUAUUUAUCUACAUGCACUUUGACGUGCUUUUGAACUGCUAGGUGGGCAGGAGCAGGGACCGAGCAACGGGAGCUUAUCCUGUCGCGGGGAUUCGAACUGCCGACGUUUUGAUCGGCAAGCCCUAGGCUCUGUGGUUUAACCCAACUCCUUUGGUUUCGGCAGUUAGGCAUUGGUAGGGGUAUUGUUAUGUAGAUGAGUUGGGCAGGAGGAGCACCAUCGCCUCCCCCAUAUACUGAAGGGUAGUCUGGUAAAGGAUUCCGGGGGGCGUUGCCUCGUCCGAAGCCUAUGGAGGUCAGGGCCUAAAGCGCGCCCCUGAGCGGUGACCCUGGGGGAGUACGUAGUUGAUGUGCAUCAGCAGGGCUCCCCCUGCUGGUGUUAACCCUUCCCGGUCUUCAUGCAAGCAGGCUGAAGCCGGAUAGGCUGAUAGGACCAAUGCCGAAGCCAAUACCGCUCUUACCUGUAAGCAAAAAAGUUGUGGCCAAUUUUAGCCCAUUAACCUAAUACAACAUUGUCACGUGUCUUCAUUUCCAUUGAGGGAGAGGUGGGAACUCGCCACGCAACUCCCAUCAUCCCUAGCUAACAGGACCAGUGGUCAGGGACGAUGGGAAUUGUCGUCCCAAAACAUCUGGAGGGCCGAGUUUGGGGUUGCCUGUUCUAGGUCUUCAGCUGCAAUGCAGGAAUCUCUGCUAAAGCAGCCAUGACAAACCAUGGCGAAAACCACUGACCUUAUCGAUCGCCUUUUUUCUCUCCAGCUGCCGACAUUGGAGUCGGGAUCAGCGGGCAGGAAGGGAUGCAGGCUGUUCAGUGCAGCGAUUAUGCCCUGGCUCAGUUCCGCUACCUGGAGCGACUCCUCUUUGUCCACGGCCGGUGGUCCUACCUCCGGAUCUGCAAGUUCCUCCGCUACUUCUUCUACAAGACCUUUGCCGGCAUGAUGGUGCAGAUCUGGUUUGCUUUCUACACUGGCUUCACAGCGCAGGUAAGAAGGGAUAGGGCCGUAGGGCCCCUCUAGCAUCCUCAUCUCACACUGGCCCGUCAGAUACCUGUAGGAUGACCUCAGGCUCCGACAUAGCUGUCAACCAUCCCUUAUUUGGCGGGAAAGUCCCUUAUCCCAGCGCCGUGUCCCGCUGCUGUCCCUUAUUGAUGAUGUCCCUUAAAUUUCCCGGGUUUCAAAGGAAGCAGCUCCUCUCCUUCCCUCCCUGCAGGCCAGGUAGGAGGGAGGCUCCAGCUGUGUUGCUUGGCUGCGUUGCUCACCCAAUAAGGAGUCCGAGAACGACUGGGGGGGUGGAGCUUGCAUGCCUUGUGCCAGUCAAAUCGGCCGCAUUGCCUGGGGACUCGCCUUUGCUCAGCGCUUCCCAGCGGAGAGGUGACGGUGGUUUUCCUUGCUGCGUCCCCUUUGCCGGGUUGCUGCGCUGUGGGAACCACCGCUUGAGGCUUCGUUUGGCUGCUGGCUGGGCUUUCUGCCUUUGGCUCGGAGGGGCUCAGAAGUUGAACAUACCUGUGCCCGGAAAAUCCCUUAUUUUCGAGGCUGCUGGUCCCAUACAGUGGUGCCUUGCAAGACGAAUGCCUCGCAAGACGAAAAACGUGCAAGACGAAAGAGUUUUCCGUUUUUUGAGUCGUUCCGCAAGACAAAUUUCCCUAUGGUCUUGCUUCACAAGACGAAACGUCUUGCGAGUUCUUGCGAGCUUGUUUCCUUUUUCUUAAAGCUGCUAAGCCGCUAAGCCGCUAAUAGCCGCUAAGCCGCUAAUAGCCGCUAAGCCGCUAAUAGCCGUGCUUCGCAAGACGAAAAAACCGCAAGACGAAGAGACUCGCAGAACGGAUUAAUUUCGUCUUGCGAGGCACCACUGUAUUUUCAAAUCUGUAAGUUGAUAGCUAUGGGCUCCGAACACAAGAGUUAUCUCCUGUGCACUCUUCCAGCUUCCAGCAAGUGGUGUGUUAUCCCUUCUGACUGCAGAGGCAGAGCAUAGCCAACUUGAUGAAUAACCAUUGAUAGACUUCUCCACCUCCACAAAUUUGUUUAAUCCUAAAAUUUAAACACAAAUUUGUUUAAUCCUAUUUAAGCUAUCUAAAUUGGCAGUCAUCGCUGCCUCUUGUGGCAGUGAGUUCCAUAGUUUAAACUAUGCACUCCAUGUGAAUUUUCAGGGGUCUCUCCCCUGCCCUCUCCCUGUAGUUCGUACCCUUUCAUUCUGCCGUUUUGUUCACUUCCGAGGUGAUAUGGUACUGUGCAUGACGACCUGUGAGACGGAAGAUCCUGGGUUCGAGUCCUGUGUUUUCGUUUUGUUUUAUUCUUUAACUGUUGCCCCUGCUCGUGGCAAAACCAGCAGCAACUAUGGGGCAUAAAUAAUAAUAAGAUGGUGAUGAUGAUUGAUAACCAUUUCCCCCCCUGCCCAACUGCACAAGUCAAGCACUAUUCGAGGGCAUCAUGGGAGGGAAAUUGUGCCUGAUUCAUAAAUGGUGGUGCAAUGUGAUGUUCUCUUUUUCCAGCUGUGUGCUUAUGUGUGUGAAAGAGGGGAGGGAGGGAGUGAGAGAGAAACAGAGAUGGGGAGAGAGAAAAGGUAAAUUGAUAAGGUAGCGUGUUCUCCAUAAAACGCAUAUACCUUUUAAGCCAGUGGUCAGGAAUGAUGGGAGUUGUAGUCUGACAACACCUGGAGGGUCACCGAUGUCCCUCAUCCUUGCUAUGAGAAGGUCUCAUUUCCUACUGCAUUCAAGAGAUGAAAGGCGGCCUCUGUUCAGAAGAGGCAUUCAUUCCUGAACGAAGGGAUGCCUCUUCUUGGUUCAGGGAUGGUGAACAUCAGUGAACCUCCAAGUGUCACUGGACUGUAGGUCCCAGCAGCUGGCAUGGGCUGGAUGAUAGGAGUUGUAGUCCAACGACAUAGGGAGGGUCAUAGGAUCCUAACACCGGUUGCAAGUUAUGUGAAGGAAACCCAUCUAAUCCUCUCUGGUUUUGCUCUUCCAUCUCAGCCUCUGCUGGAGGGCUGGUUCCUUGCCCUCUACAAUGUCUUCUACACUUCGUACCCGGUGCUGUGCAUGGGCUUGUUUGAACAGGUAAGUCCGCCGUUUCCGUAGAUGCGUUUGCUACCCACACCCACUCAUCCCAUUCUCCUCCAUUACACAAGGAAAGCUCUGCCCUUGGACAAGUCCAAAGUCCAUCCAAUUCUGCAUCCUGUUUCCAUGGCGACCAACCGGAUGCCUGUGGCAUGAAACCACCAGCCCUAUCACCACAGUUCAAGAAGGACACUGACAAACUGGAACGUGUCCAGAGGAGGGCAACCAAAAUGGUCAAAGGCCUGGAAACGAUGCCUUAUGAGGAACAGCUAAGGGAGCUGGGCAUGUUUAGCCUGGAGAAGAGGAGGUUAAGGGAUGAUAGCCAUGUUCAAAUAUAGAAAAGGAUGUCACAUAGAGGAGGGAGAAAGGUUGUUUUCUGCUGCUCCAGAGAAGCGGACACAAUGGAGCAAUGGAUCCAAACUACAAGCAAGAAGAUUCCACCUAAACAUUAGGAAGAACUUCCUGACAGUAAGAGCUGUUCGACAGUGGAAUUUGCUGCCAAGGAGUGUGGUGGAGUCUCCUUCUUUGGAGGUCUUUAAGCAGAGGCUUGACAACCAUAUGUCAGGAGUGCUCUGAUGGUGUUUCCUGCUUGGCAGGGGGUUGGACUCGAUGGCCCUUGUGGUCUCUUCCAACUCUAUGAUUCUAUGAUUCUAUUCUAUGAUUCUAUCCCAAGCAGUGACCCCCCAGCAAUUGACGUUCAGAGACAUCAUGCUGCUGAUCCCACAGGGAGUGUUCAGAGACCAGGGCAAUGUAAUAAUAAUAAUAAUAAUAAUAAUAAUAAUAAUAAUUUAUUAUUUAUACCCCGCCAUCUGGCUGGGUUUCUCCCGGGAACUAAGGCCCGGGGACCAGACCCGCUCAAUUGCCUUCUAAGUAUGGCCUGCGGACGGUCCGGGAAUCAGUGUGUUUUUACAUGAGUAGAAUGGGUCUCUGGGUUAUUUGUGGGGCAUAGGAAUUCAUGCUUUUUUCUUUCUUUCCAAAAUAUAGUCUGGCCCUCCACAAGGUCUGAGGGACAGUGGACUGGCCCCUGGCUGAAAAAGUUUGCUGACCCCUGGUUUAGGGUUUAGGGUUUAGGGUUUAGGGUUUAGGGUUUAGGGUUUAGGGUUUAGGGUUUAGGGUUUAGGGUUUAGGGUUUAGGGUGGGCCCCCCCAAAAAAACUCAUAACAAUAUCAACAAUAAAAAUAAUCGACCCCUCUCUCCUCCUUCCAUUCAGGACGUGAGUGCCAAGAAAAGUUUGCAAUUCCCCGAGCUCUACAAGGCAGGUCAGAAAGACCGCUUUUUCAAUUUCCGAAUCUUCUGCCUUUGCUUCAUCCAUGGCUCCUUCGUCUCCUUGGCUAACUUCUUCAUCACUCUGUGGGCCAUGGGAGACCAUUCGGGCACCCACGUCGUCGGCGACUACCAGUCCUUUGCCAUGGUAAUAGCAACCGCCGCAAUAUUCACCGUCAUUGCUGAGGUGAGUUUGGGGUGGGUGGGUGGUGCCCGUGUGUGUGUUUGUGCGUGUUGGAUGUGAUCGGUGAUUUAAAUCGUGAUUUAAAUCAAAUCCACCCUGGUGCUGAGCAACGUCCCUGUGGCUGCAGAUUUGUCAAAGCAGUUUGCUUCACUGACCUUCCUUUCUGUAUCUCCCCUUGGAAAUGUGGAGUGAUGGGAACUUACAGUCAUAUGUGAUAGGGUUGUCCGUUAGUUAAUAAAUUCUGGAAACAGAUUGGUAUAGAAAUAUCGGGAAUUGUGGGUAGGAAGGUGGAAAUAUCUGAAUUAAUGGUUCUUAUUACCCUGAGUAGUACUGAUCAUAGCUGUCAACUUUUCCCCUUUCUUGCGAGGAAUCCUAUUCGGAAUAAGGGAAUUUCCCUUUAAAAAAGGGAAACGGUGACAGCUAUGACUGAGUUAGAAACAAAAGAGGAAUGUAAAUGGGUAAAAUUGAUGGUAAUUGCAGCCAGACAGGUUAUAGUGAGUAACUGGAAAAAUCCAGAAGAGCUGGGGUGAACCAAUGGAGGGAAAAAUUGAAAAAUAUUAUAAUCUUAGAAUAUCCUAACUGUGAAGAUACACAGAAUGAAAGGGUUUAAGGUCAGUGAGAAAGGAGGAGGAAUGGUUUGAGAAGAUACUGAAUUAUUUGGGGAGGUUUGAACAAUCUGGGAGAAUGUUAAAACCUAAAACCUUGUGGAGGGAGGAGUGUUAAGGUAUAUAGAAUUGUACAUAUGCUUGAUUUGAAUAUGUUAUUAUUGAUUAUGUAUACCCAAUGUAGGGAUGCGGGUGGCGCUGUGGGUUAAACCACAGAGUCUAGGAUUUGCCAAUCAGAAGGUUGGUGGCUUGAAUCCCCACGACGGGGUGAGCUCCCGUUGCUCGGUCCCUGCUCCUGCCAACCUAGCAGUUCAAAAGCACCUCAAAGUGCAAGUAGAGAAAUAGGUACCGCUCCGGCGGGAAGAUAAACGGCGUUUCCGUGCGCUGCUCUGGUUCGCCAGAAGCGGCUUAGUCCUGCUGGCCACAUGACCCGGAAGCUGUACGCCGGCUCCCUCGGCCAAUAAAGCAAGAUGAGCGCCGCAACCCCAGAGUCGUCCAUGACUGGACCUAAUGGUCAGGGGUCCCUUUAGCUUACCUUUACCUUUAUACCCAAUGUAUCAGCCGCCUGGGGGGUUUCACUGUUUGUGUUUUGGUUGUUGGUAAAAUAAUAAUAAUAAUAAUAAUAAUAAUAAUAAUAAUAAAUUCUGUAUCUCCCCUGGCAGAGCAUGAUGGAGGUCAAAUUUUGGACCGUCCUCUCCGUGCUGGCUAUUGUCAUCAGCAUCGGUUUCUACUGCCUUUUCUCCUAUAUAACUCAAAGCUUUCAAGCCUUCAAGACGUCCCCUGUCGCUUUCCAGUUUCCAGGUAAGGACUCCUGGAACUCUCCCGGAACUUCCACAACACUCAAACGGCAGAUGCGUUGUGGGACGGGAGGAAGCAGGGAGGUAUUGGUGGGGCAGAUCUGUGUGGGCCAUGCUGCCUGCCCUGCAGGGAGGGCCAGCGCCCGUUGGGACUGAUGGGGCAGGAACCAGGGAGCCCAAACAGUAGGUGGAGUCAGGGCCAAUCAGAGCCCCGCGUUGGGCAAAAGAUCCUGCAUUGCAGAGGGUUGGAUCAGAUGUUCCCUUCCAGCUAUUGUUGUAUUAUUAUAUUUUAUGAAUUGACUGAAAUACCCCACUUGGAGGGUGGCGCUGCGGUCUAAACCACAGAGCCUAGGGCUUGCCGAUCAGAAGGUCGGUGGUUCGAAUCCCCGCGACGGGGUGAGCUCCCGUUGCUUGGUCCCUGCUCCUGCCAACCUAGCAGUCCGAAAGCACAUCAAAGUGCAAAUAGAUAAAUAGGUACCACUCCGGCGGGAAGGUAAACAGCGUUUCCGUGCGCUGCUCUGGUUCGCCAGAAGCAGCUUAGUCCUGCUGGCCACAUGACCCAGAAGCUGUACGCUGGCUCCCUCGGCCAGUAAAGCGAGAUGAGCGCCGGAACCCCAGAGUCAUCUGCGACUGGACCUAACGGUCAGGGGUCCCUUUACGUCCAAUUCGUGGCACCACAAUUUCAGAAGGGUGUUGACAAGCUAGAGCGUGUGCAGAGGAGGGCAGCCAAGAUGAUUAAGGGUCUAGAACAUGGGUAGGUAGGCAAACUCAGGCCCAGGGGCCGGAUCUGGCCCAAUCGCCUUCUCAAUCCAGCCCACGGACGGUCCGGGAAUCAGCGAGUUUUUACAUGAGUAGAAUGUGUGCUUUUAUUUAAAAUGCAUCUCUGGGUUAUUUGUGGGGCAUAGGAAUUCAUUCAUUCCCCCCCAAAAAUAUAGUCUGGCCCCCCACAAGGUCUGAGGGACAGUGGACCGGCCCCCUGCUGAAAAAGUUUGCUGACCCCUGGUCUAGAAACCAAGCCUGAUGAGGAACUGUUGAACAGCUCCAAGGGAGUCCGUUCCACUGUCAAACAGCUCUUGCCACCAUAAAGUUCUUCCUGGCAUUGAGCUGGAAUCUCCUUUCUUAUCACUUGAAGCCAUGGGUUCGAGUGCUACCCUCCAGAGCAGGAGAAAACAACCUUGCUCCAUCCUCCAUGUGGCAGCCCUUGAGAUAUUCGAAGAUGGCUGUCAUAUCUCCUCUCAGUCUCCGCUUUCCAAGGCUAAACAUACCCAGCUCCUUCGACCGUACCUCAUCAGGCUUGGUUUCCAUUUUGGCUGCCCUCUUUGGCGAAAGGUUCUUGCAUUGCAAGGAGUUUGGCUACAUGAUCCUCACGGUCCCUCCGAACUCUACAGUCCCAUGAUUCCUCUGCGCACAUUCUACCUUAUCAAAAGCUUUCUUAAAUUGUGGUAUGCAGAAUUGGACAUGGUAUUCUAGAUGUGGUCUGACCAAGGCAGACUAGAGCAGGACUAUGACUUCGCUUGAUCUGUUGAUGCAACCUAGAAUAGUAUCACCUAUUUUUGCUGCUGCAUCACACUGUUAAGCUUGUGGUUUACUAAAACCCCUGGAUCCCUUUCAUGUGUACCCGUAAGUAUGAAUGGCAGGGAGGAUUCUAGCCUGCAUAUAUGUAUAAAUUCAAUUUCUAUGAUAUAUUUAAAAGGCCCUAUGUCUUCCUAGCACUGCCCUUGAGUUUCCUUUGCAAUUGGCAUUUUGUGUGUGUUGGGUAGACACAGUCUCCUCAGCUGCCUUGCCACCCAACAUAUGAAGACCCCUCAGAUGUUCCCGAGCUGACUGGGUCACUCUUUUCUCCUCCAGCUGCCACCAAGAACGCGCUGACAGACCCACUGUCGCUCUUUGUGGUCCUGCUCUGCGUUGUGGUGAACACGAUCCCCUCCCUCACCUUCCGUUUUGUGCGGAGUUUCGCGGGACCCACAACUAUGUCGGAGGUGAGUGUUGUUUGGCAGUCUGCCCAGAGUUUGGGUGCUGAAGGACAGCACCAAAGCGUUGAGCCCUUAGAUGGAAUCCUUUGGCGCAAUCUGUUGGGAAGACGGGUUCAAUGGCCUUCAAGAAAAUCAACACAAAACGAUGUUCCAAUGGCAUCUAAAUGCAGCACAAUUCUUUAGAGCUUAUCAAGCUGUUUGCUGGAAGUGUGAAAAAUAUGAAGGGACAUUUUAUCAUGUUUGGUGGACUUGUAAAAAAAGUCAAGAAAUAUCAGAUACAUCAAUGUAGAAGGUUUUUAAAGCCUAACAUUCAUCUGAAGCCAGACCUUUUCCUGCCUAGGAAUAGUGGAUACACAAUUAGAAAAAGACUGCGGAAUAUUAUUUCAAGACAUGACCACAGCGGCGAGACUUUGCACAAAGAUGGAAAGAUUCUUUAUGAACUACGAUGGUUGUUAAAAUUAUUGGACGUGGCAAAGAUGGCAAAGUUGACAUGUUUAAUCGGAGAAAAAUCAUGGUCGAUAUUUACUAAGGAUUGGAAACUCCUUAUAGACUUUUUGUGUGGAAAAGAAAACGAACUUAUGAUACGUGGGUUUGAGGACUGAGGAAAAUAUCAUUAUUAAGAAGUUAGAAUUACAGCCGUACCUUGGUCUUCAAACAGCUUCGUUCUCAAACGUUUUGGCUCCUAAACGCCACAAACCCGGAAGUGACUGUUCUGGUUUGCGAACUAUUUUUGGAAGCCGAACGGAGCUUCCGAUUGGCUGUAGGAGCUUCCUGCAGCCAAUCAGAAGCCAUGCUUUGGUUUCCGAAUGUUUUGGAAGUCGAACGGACUUCCGGAACGGAUUCCAUUUGACUUCCAAGUUAUAUCAUGGGAGAAAUAUAAGUAAUACAGUCAUACCUCGGGUUGAAUACGCUUUGAGUUGAGCGCAUUCGAGUUGCGCUCUGCGGCAACCCGGAAGUAACGGAGCGCGUUACUUCUGGGUUUCGCCACUUGCGCAUGUGCAGACGCUCAAAAUGACGUUGCGCGCAUGCGCAGAAGCGGCAAAAAGCGACGUGUGCAUGCGCAGACGUGCCAUCGCUAGUUACGUUUGCUUCUAGAUGCGAACGGGGCUCCGGAACGGAUCCCGUUCGUAUCUAGAGGUACCACUGUACAUAUUAAGAAAAGAGCAUGAUGGAAGGAUGCUUGAGAAGUCAACAGAUAUGGGAGGUUUGCUCCGAUGGUCGAUUAAAGGAAUUUGCAAAAUGUGAAAAUGUAAUAAAAAGGUUAUGCAAAAAAGAUAACGCUUUCUGCUUUCUUUUCAGCUGCUGCAAGCCCGGGACAUGCAGGAGAAGCAAAAGGCGGUGGAACUGACCUCUCACAUCCGAAGGAAUUCGCACCUGAGACGUUCCAGCUACGCUUUCUCUCACAAGGAAGGUUACGCAGACCUCAUCUCCAGAGGUGCUAGUCUACGGAGCAAGGGCCCCCGUGUCCGCAGCCAGCUGAACGGCUUUGGCAGCAGCCCCAAAUACACCCCCUCUGUCGAUGGUGCCUCUGAAGAAAAGAAAUUCCAUCUCUGUUGA